GUGACUGCAGCUAAGAGGGAGGUCGCGUGUUCAUAGAUUUUGUAUUCUAGGACAUUGUGGCUUUCUGAACUGACACGGUCUAACAGAAAUGUCUCUCAAGAAAGUCCUGUGAGUACACAGCAAAUCAUUAUUCCCAUGGAGAAGAAUAUAUAUAUAUAGCUAUAUAUAUAUAUAUAUAUAUCACUAUGGCCUCAAUUUAAUAUUGUUUGAUAUGGUUUACAAAUGAUUUAAUGUUAUUGGGUAAACUUUUAGAAUGAUUCAAUAUUAAAUAUUAAAAAAAUACUUUAAUUUUGUAAUUUUAUAUAUAUAUAUUAUCUGGUAUUUUAAUAUUUUAAAAAAAAUGUAAAAGUAUAUUCAAAAAUAUUAAAUAAUUUGGAAAGUUUAUCAAAAAAUAUUAAAUUGAGGCCUUUUUUUAGUCCUACAGCAUAUAACAAGUUAAAUAGUAUAUAGAAUGAAUCUGCAGUUAGCAUUGCUACUUAUAGUCAAUGUUAGAAAUUGUGUGCAUAUUGAUGUAUAUUUAUAUAUACAUACAUGUGUACCUGUUCAUCUGUGUGUGUGUGUGUGUGUGUGUGUGUGUAUUUACUCACUUGCUUUCUAUUUAAAAAAUAUUAUUAAAUUUGAAAUAUCUAAACAUAGUCAGUAUGCAGGUUUUCCUUGUUUAGGUAAUAUGAAUUAACUAUUUCAUGUGAAUUCGUACUGCAUUUAGACUCGAAAGUCUCGUUAUUAAAGCUACGAUAGCCUUAAUUCCUUGCUAGGAAAGGCCUGGUCACUGUAUAACCUGUGCUAUAGAUUAAAAUCUCACUUUGCCUUCUCAAACUCUGUCAGGAUUAUUUUCUAAAAUGGAAACUGUUGUGAAUAUAAAGUGAAUUUCAAAUUUAAGACCAAAAUAAUCAAACUGGAAAAAAAUAUCUUAAAGUCAGCUAUGCUUUCAUUUCAGCUACUUUGACCUUAAAAGUGACAUAAUCUCACUUUUUUAAAUGUAUAAUCUUUAUUGCCGCUGAUUUAAACAAAGUCAUAACUUAACUUCCAGUUGUACCACAAAAAAAAGGAGAAAAGCCCAUGUUUUUUUUUUUUUUUUAAAUACAGUAUUAUAUACUUUUUAUUGAGUAAAUAUAACAUAAUUUUAUUGUAUUUGGUUCUGGUUUAUAAAGCAUUUGUUCAAUCAGGAGGCACAAACAUUUAAUUUUAAAGGAUUCCACAAGGCCUGGAUUUUAAAGGGGGAGAUCAUCACAGAGUUGGAAACUAAACCAGUAAAUAAAACAUUUAAAAUCCUCUAUAACUUGCUUAACCAUUUUUUUAAAUUUUUUUUAAUCAUGUCAAGUAAUUUUCUUUUUAAUGUGUAAUAAAGUUUUAGCAAUUUUGAAUUAAACUUCAGUCCUGGCACAUCCAAGGCACAAAUUGCUUUAGAGAAUGAAAACCAGAAUCAUUUUUUUAUUUCUCCAAUUCUCCACAUUAUUCUCUAUGUCCAAAAAGAACAUAGGACAUAGCAGUGAUUACCAGGGAAACAAGAUGAACGAGCACAGUAUCAGAAUAGAGGGAAGUUGGUUUCUACGUUUAAUUUUAUUUUUUUAGAAACACAUACUUGCAAAAAAUAUAUGGCAGAAGUAACGAUGAUAUAAUUAAUGUUGUUUUGUUCAAUUUCUAACCACUGCAAUUUUUGUUAAAUAACCUAUGAUUUGCUAACAAAUUGACCAAAAUAAAAUGUUUCUGCUUGAAAUACAAUAUUCCUCUCCAAAAUAUCUUUGCUAAGCUGGCUGUAGCUUGAGUCCAGGUUCCCUGUAAUUGGCUCACGUAUCUCACUGUCAAAAUAUUGUCCAUUCUCAAAAGGACAGAGCAAUGUGUUAAUAACUGCAACAUUUUCUAUGGAUUCUUGACCCUUUCAAAGAUCCCUUUAAUAACUUUUUAUCUCUGCUCUGCAAAGCGCUCCCCAGUCAAACCUGCAGGAGUUUGACUCUAUAAUUAUUUUGGGCCCAGUCUGAACCUUGCACUGCUUCUCUGUCACCAUGUGUCCUAUACACCAUAUUAAUACGUGUUUGGCUUCACAAGUACCUUAAGCCCAAAAAAACAUCAUAAACUGAGGGGUCACACCAACUAUUUUUGCUAGGUUUCUUAAAGCUAUCACCCCUUUUUUUUUUUAAAUCAAGCAAAUUGUCCUUCACUAUAGCCUUUAUCUUUUGAUCUCUGCAGAUUCAAUAUCUCAUUAUAUGAAUCAGCCUUGCCAUUGAGAGUGUGUGAGUGUCCCAUGUGUGCACAUGUUGGUGUUCCUGUAUGCUUACAAUAUUAAUAUGUGUUUUGUUGGUGAUCUUGUGUGUGCAACAUAAGUGUUUAUGUCAUAUUCCAGGUAUGUGCAAUGUCAGCAAGCAUGUAUAUCAGUGUUCCACUGUGUGCAAUGUCAGUAUGUGUAUAUAUCAAUGUACCUGUGUGUGCCCACAGCGUUCUUCUCUUCUCUGAGAACUGCCAUAAUUAAACAUGUGUGGAAUGGUAGAAGACCGUGACUCAGACAUGAGAUCCUCUGCCUGCCACGUCAGAAAUACCACCAUGCAACUGUAUUACAGCGCAUCUUGGAGUGGCAUUAAUGACCAAGACACAAGCAAUGGAUUGCCUUGGAGGAGGCCACACAAGACACCACCUGCUUGCGGAUGUGUGGUCCGCCUGCAUAUCCCCGUUGGGCGGCCUGAACCAGUUGUCCCCUGUGGCUCACACUUUAUAAACCUGGACCUCCACGCGUAGGACCACACACUUGUCAUCGGGCCGCACCUAGGCCCGAUGACACCGCUCACCAACAACCGCUCGAACGGAGAAGAACUGACUUCCAAAGCAUAAGGUUUCCUAGGUGACUGAGACUUUAUACCUAUACAUGAUGUCCUCGACGACACGGAGCUGAAACCUUUGCCAGAUCUGACCAACAACCAUGCUCCAACGCAAUUACAAUCUUCCUGAUACACACAAUUACAGUAUUUUUACAAUUCACACACUGACAAAGUAUCCAUUCAUAGAGAUCUCACGCAAUUUGAAACCUUGUGCCUGACCAAAACCAAUCUCAACAUGGCGAUCUCAUUCCUUUGCCAGUAUGCCUUAGUGAGAGCGAUUCUGACCGACACACCUUCAAGCGGCAGUGGGAACAUAUCAAUGGGAAAAGAUACUCAUCUUACACCAUAAACCAUCAAUAAGCACGCAUUACCAAGAAGUAAACUAUAAACUUCUUUCACAGUGGUAUAAAACUCCGGCUCUUCUACACAAGAUCUUCCCAACUGUUCUGGCAACUUGCUGGAGGUGCAACAGGGGAGAAGAGAUUACCAGACACAUAUGGUGGGACUGUCCUGGCAUAACUUCAUUCUGGGACUCUAUACAAGCCAAAAUCACAGAAAUCUUGGGUCUUUCGUCACCCUUGACUAUGGAACAAAUUUUGCAACACUCCACAUCUUGAAAUACAAAAAAUCCAUCCUGAGACAUAUGAUUGAUGUUGCAAAGGCGCUAGUGCCCGCGCUCUGGAAACAAUUCCAGACGUCAACGCUUACACAAUGGUACGAACGGAUAGAGGAGAUCUACUCGACUGAGGCCAUCAGGGCAUCAGUGAUGGGACAGAGUGACAAACAUGUUGAACUGUGAAGACCAUGGAUAGAAUAUAUUGCUAAGAGUGGCACAGGAUCUAGCAGGAAUUGAGGCAGCAAAAUGGGGGAGGUGCCCUCAGCACAAUGACGGGUGGUACCAGUUUGUUCACCGAAAGAUUCACCUUCUCUCCAUUAAUACAGUGACUUCCAACCCACACAUGCUAGCGACACUAGGGAGGUUUCCGAUCCCGAUGUACAGUACAGUAACCUACCGAGGGACUUACCUACACAGGAAACUACACAACCUAGGAUUAACCACACACUCUUGGACUGACAGAUGGACUUGACAACAAAGGCACACACUCUUGUCCCACACUGGGAUAGGGAUCUAUGCAACAUGGUAACAGGGCCCUUCCUGGCCCCCAUGUCACCGUCCCUCGAAUUAGACUCCAAUGGGGGGAGGAAGGGGAGACCUAUAACAUGCUGACCUAUAACACCAGGAUGCAAGCAAGUGGUCUCGCAUCUCAGUAGCAGGGGGGGAUGGGAACUGGGGGUGGUUGAGAGGGAGGGCUGCCCACUGCAAAAUAUGCCCAAUUCAAGUGAAAAGCAGUUAAGGGAACAAUUCCCAGAAGAUAAAUUCUACAGCAUUGUUGGCCCAUGUCCGGGACUCGAACUACCCAGGUUCUGUCCCCUGACAUCCAACUGGGGAUUUUAACAACAUAGACACAUGGGUUAAGGUUGAGCUCCAACAACAGAUUAGCCUGUGCCUUUAUAUUAAUAGAAAUUAUGGGAGGUUCUAGGAACAUGCUCUACUGUUUAAGUGUUAACAUUCAUUAUAGUAUACCACACCCUCAAACCACACAUCACAACCUACUGGAACUACUGCUUAUGCAAACACUCACAGAACCUUGUAAAAGGUUACCCAAAUAACUCUCCUAGACACUACCACUUAUGCACUCACCAGGAAUGUUAAGUCCUCCAACCUAUCACUCACUGAUCACUUAGUGCAACGUUGGUUUCUCACUGACCACACAACAGCUCGGUCUGAAAAAAGACUAACAAAAAGCGAAUGUAUUUUAUAAAAUAAAAAACAAAAUAACAAAAUCACAAUAUUAGCAUAGGCAAACUGUUUGCAAUACACCAUAACGAAAACAGACAAGACAGCUAAUUUAUAAAUUUACACUCAUAGGGACAAUAAGCAACUCAAAAGGCCGCUUGAUAAUCUCUGUUAGUAUGGUUAUAAGAUGUAUGUUGCGGGACCUGCGUGUCCCUUCUUUUCUAAAAUGUUACCAGACCUGCGUGUCUAAACCGCUUGCAUUUAAAGUCAGUAUCUUGCCACUUAGGUUAUAUGCGAGACCUGCGAGUCUCAAUUUCUUGCCAUAAUAUAUGAUUAUACGAUAAACCAAUGAAAAACAGUCAGUAUGUGUGUAUAUAUCAGUGUUCUAGUGUGCUCAAUGUCAGUAUGUGUGUAUAUAUAAAAAUGUUCCAGUGUGUGCAAUAGUAGAGACGUACUGGAUACCGCACUCACCAAUUAACCCAGACGCUCUGAAGACAGAGCUGGCCAGGCCUCCCUUCCAAGAUAUGCAGAAUAAAUAAAUGUUCAGGCACUCUGGUAUAACAAAAAUAACCACUUUAUUGAUGCAAAAGUAGCAAUGUUUAGACCCUGCCAGGUCUUUAUCAGUGUGUGCAUUGACUACCGCGGUCGCACGGGUCACAGUUGCGAUCGGCCCGUCACUUCAGGGGGCCCGGCCAACCUGCGGACCCCUGCGACCGCGGGGCCCGCUAGCUGAGUAAUGUGGCACCGGCCCGCGCUGUGUACCCAUGGUUCCUAGUUACGCCUCUGAGUGUGUGCAAUGUCAGUAUAUGUGUAUAUGUGUGUAUAUCAGUGUUCAAGUGUAAAAACAAUGUAAAAAAUCACUUUUUAAGGAAAGCAAAUCAAUUAAACUGUUAAUAGUUUUUUCUUCCCGUACAUUGGUGGGCAACCCUGCUUUCUCUCCUUCAACUGUGUCAUCCACGAAAAUGAACCAUUUAUUAAAACUAUUUUAGUAACCUACUUUUUCCCAUAAAUGAAAUACAUCCUUACCCUUACCUCUUGUAUCACUUUACCCCACUACCUCUAGAAUGUAAGCUUGUUUGAGUUUUCAGUUUGCUUUCAACACCCUAUUAACUUGUCUUGCUCCAAAAACUUGUCUGUUAGUCCAUCCGUUGUACAGCACUGUGGAAUAUGUUGGAGCCACUAACGUACAUAUAGUGAGUGUGUCUGCAUGUGUCUGUGUGUAUGUCUUUAUGUAUGUGUCUGUAUGAGUGUGUGUCUGUAUGUAUAUAUCCGUGUGUGUCUCUGUAUGUCUCUGUAUGUCUGUGUGUGUCUCUGUAUGUGCCUGUGUCUCUGUAUGUAUGUGUCUGUAUCAUACAGAGACACACACACACAUACAGACACAUACAUACAUAGAGACACACACACAUACAGACACAUAAAUACAGAGACGCACAGACACAUGCAUACAGAGACGCACACAGACAUACAUACAGACACAUACAUACAGACUGUGUGUGUCUGUGUGUAUGGCUUUUGGGGCUGUGUGUGUGCAUGUGUGUGUCUGUCUGUAUGUGUAUGUAUGUGUGUGUGUCUGUGUGUAUGUAUGUGUCUGUCAGUGGGGGUGUAUGUGUGUGUGUGUCUGUCUGUGUGUAUGUAUGUGUGUGUCUGUCUGUGAACGCGUGUUUGCCUCUAUGUAUGUCUGUGUCUGUAUGUAUGUGUCUGGGGGGAUGCGGAUUGGGGGGGUGGGGUACGGAUCGGAGGCGUUAUCUGUCCCUAGCCUCCUUAGUUCUCUCUGUAUUGCCUCAUAAUUCUGUCCCUAGCCUCCUUAUUUUUCUCCAUAUCCCCUCAUUAUCUAUCCCAAGCCACAUGUUAUAUGUCCCUAGCCUCCUUAGUUUUCUCCAUACCCCCUAUCCUCCUUAGUUCUCUCACUAUCCCUCGUUAUCUGUCCCUAGCCUACUUUGUUCUCUCACUAUCCUCUCGUUAUCUGUCCCUAGCCUCCCUAGAUCUCUCACUUUCUCUCGUUAUCUGUCCCUAUCCUCCUUGGUUCUCUCACUAUCCUCUUGUUAUCUGCCCCUAUCCUCCUUAGUUCUCUCACUAUCCCUCAUUAUCUGUCCCUAGCCUACUUUGUUCUCUCACUAUCCUCUCGUUAUCUGUCCCUAGCCUCCUUAGUUCUCUCACUAUCCUCUCGUUAUCUGCCCCUAUCCUCCUUAGUUCUCUCACUAUCCCUCGUUAUCUGUCCCUAGCCUCCUUAGAUCUCCCACUAUCCUCUCGUUAUCUGUCCCUAGCCUCCUUAGUUCUCUCCCUAUCCCUUUGUUAUCCGUCCCUAGCCUCCUUAGUUCUCUCCCUAUCCCUUUGUUAUCUGUCCCUAUUCUCCUUAGUUCUCUCACUAUCCUCUUGUUAUCUGCCCGUAUCCUCCUUAGUUCUCUCACUAUCCUCUCGUUAUCUGUCCCUAACCUACUUUGUUCUCUCACUAUCCCCUGUUAUAUGUCCCAAGCCUCCUUAAUUCUCUCACUAUCCUCUCGUUAUCUGUCCCUAUCCUCCUUAGUUCUCUCACUAUCCUCUCGUUAUCUGCCCCUAGCCUCCUUAGUUCUCUCACUAUCCUCUCGUUAUCUGCCCCUAGCCUCCUUAGUUCUCUCACUAUCCUCUCGUUAUCUGUCCCUAUCCUCCUUAGUUCUCUCACUAUCCUCUUGUUAUCUGCCCUUAUCCUCCCUAGUUCUCUCACUAUCCCUCGUUAUCUGUCCCUAGCCUCCUUAGAUCUCUCACUAUCCUCUUGUUAUCUGUCCCUAGCCUCCUUAGUUCUCUCCCUAUCCCUUUGUUAUCUGUCUGUAGUCUCCUUAGUUCUCUCCCUAUCCCUUUGUUAUCUGUCCAUAUCCUUCUUAGAUCUCUCACUAUCCCUCGUUAUCUGUCCCUAGCCUCCUUAGAUCACUCACUAUCCUCUCGUUAUCUGUCCCACUCUCCUCCUUAGUUCUCUCCCUAUCCCUCUGUUAUCUGUCCCUAGUCUCUUUAUUUCUCUCCCUAUCCCUUUGUUAUCUGUCCCUAUCCUUCUUAGUUCUCUCAUUAUCCCUCGUUAUCUGUCCCUAGCCUACUUUGUUCUCUCACUAUCCUCUCGUUAUCUGCUCCUUAGUUCUCUCAUUAUCCUCUCGUUAUCUGUCCAUAUCCUCCUUAGAUCUCUCACUAUCCCUCGUUAUCUGUCCCUAGCCUCCUUAGAUCUCUCACUAUCCUCUCGUUAUCUGCCCCUAUCCUCCUUAGUUCUCUCCCUAUCCCUUUGUUAUCUGUCCCUAUCCUCCUUAGUUCUCUCACUAUCCUCUCAUUAUCUGUCCCUAUCCUCCUGGGUUCUCUCACUAUCCUCUCGUUAUCUGCCCCUAUCCUCCUUAGUUCUCUCAUUAUCCUCUCAUUAUCUGUCCCUAUCCUCCUGGGUUCUCUCACUAUCCUCUUGUUAUCUGCCCCUAUCCUCCUUAGUUCUCUCACUAUCCCUCGUUAUUUGUCCCUAGCCUACUUUGUUCUCUCACUGUCCUCUCAUUAUCUGUCCCUAGCCUCCUUAGAUCUCUCACUAUCUCUCGUUAUCUGUCCCUAUCCUCCUUGGUUCUCUCACUAUCCUCUUGUUAUCUGCCCCUAUCCUCCUUAGUUCUCUCACUAUCCCUCGUUAUCUGUCCCUAGCCUACUUAGUUCUCUCACUAUCCUCUUGUUAUCUGCCCCUAUCCUCCUUAGUUCUCUCACUAUCCCUCGUUAUCUGUCCCUAGCCUACUUUGUUCUCUCACUAUCCUCUCGUUAUCUGCCCCUAUUCUCCUUAGUUCUCUCAUUAUCCUCUCAUUAUCUGUCCCUAUCCUCCUUGGUUCUCUCACUAUCUCUCAUUAUCUGUCCCUAUCCUCCUUGGUUCUCUCACUAUCCUCUUGUUAUCUGCCCCUAUCCUCCUUAGUUCUCUCACUAUCCCUCGUUAUCUGUCCCUAGCCUACUUUGUUCUCUCACUAUCCUCUCGUUAUCUGUCCCUAGCCUCCUUAGUUCUCUCCCUAUCCCUUUGUUAUCUGCCCCUAUCCUCCUUAGUUCUCUCACUAUCCCUCGUUAUCUGUCCCUAGCCUCCUUAGAUCUCUCACUAUCCUCUCGUUAUCUGUCCCUAGCCUCCUUAGUUCUCUCCCUAUCCCUUUGUUAUCUGUCCCUAUUCUCCUUAGUUCUCUCACUAUCCUCUUGUUAUCCGUCCCUAGCCUCCUUAGUUCUCUCCCUAUCCCUUUGUUAUCUGUCCCUAUUCUCCUUAGUUCUCUCACUAUCCUCUUGUUAUGUGCCCGUAUCCUCCUUAGUUCUCCCACUAUUCAUCGUUAUCUGUCCCUAACCUACUUUGUUCUCUCACUAUCCCCUGUUAUAUGUCCCAAGCCUCCUUAAUUCUCUCACUAUCCUCUAGUUAUCUGUCCCUAUCCUCCUUAGUUCUCUCACUAUCCUCUCGUUAGCUGUCCCUAGCCUCCUUAGUUCUCUCACUAUCCUCUCGUUAUCUGUCCCUAUCCUCCUUAGUUCUCUCACUAUCCUCUUGUUAUCUGCCCCUAUCCUCCUUAGUUCUCUCACUAUCCCUCGUUAUCUGUCCCUAGCCUCCUUAGAUCUCUCACUAUCCUCUUGUUAUCUGUCCCUAGCCUCCUUAGUUCUCUCCCUAUCCAUUUGUUAUCUGUCCCUAUUCUCCUUAGUUCUCUCACUAUCCUCUUGUUAUCUGCCCGUAUCCUCCUUAGUUCUCUCACUAUUCCUCGUUAUCUGUCCCUAACCUACUUUGUUCUCUCACUAUCCCCUGUUAUAUGUCCCUAUCCUCCUUAGUUCUCUCACUAUCCCUUGUUAUCUGUCCAUAUCCUCCUUAGUUCUCUCACUAUCCCUUGUAAUCUGUCCCUAUCCUCCUUAGUUCUCUCCCUAUUACUUUCUUAUCUGUCCGUUGCCUACUUAGUUCUCUCACUAUCCCUUGUUAUCUGUCCCAAGCCUCCUUAGUUCUCUCCCUAUUACUUUGUUAUCUGUCUGUUGCCUACUUAGUUCUCUCACUAUCCCUUGUUAUCUGUCCUUAGCCCCAGUACCUAGCCCACUCCUAGAUUUCUCUCCCUACCUCACCUAGUUAUCUCCCUCUCAACCCUCCACUUAUCUCUCCCUUGGUCUCUCCUGCCAUAGUAUGGGUAUUGUGGCCAGGCCGUCAUUGCCUUUCUUUUCAGCCCAAACUGGACGCUACUGGUAGCAGUGCUGUGACAUCAGAUCACUGCUUAUCUUUAACUGGGCAGAAACUAGCCAUGCAAGGUUUAAUUAUUAUCAUUGCAAUGGACUGUGGAAUCAGUUUGCGCUAUUUAAAUGCUAAUAUUAAUCAUAAUUAAGGCUGAGAAGGAGGUCAGAGCACUGCACUAAGCAUUGACUGCUUGGCCACACUACGGUUCUAUAAUGGGUGGCCAAAGGGCAUGAAGGUGGGCAUCCUAUCUAUGGUACAGGUGGCAGGAAUGCCCCCUACUCUGCUUUCCCUGGGAGAUCACUCUCCCAAGGAUGGCCGUGCACUAAACUAAUUAAUGUCCCUAGAAAGAAGUAAUGCAUAAUUGCUCAACUUUUUAAAAAAUCUAAAUCAGUCAUUGGAUGUUAAAUUUGAUAGUUUGUGCAUAUCUGUCUGUCUGUCUGCCUAGGUAGGCAGGCUAGGUAGGCAGACAGACAGACAGUUGCUUCUAAAUGCUAAUGAUCUUUUUUACCUCUGAGUGUUAUUUAUUCUUUCCAAAUUAUCCUCAAAUUGUCAGAAAGCUUAUGUAAUCAUAUUCAUUUAUUAAGGAAUAUAUUUAUUUAACUUUAAAAUAAAAUCUUGGUUGUGAAAGGGUUAAGGUUUGAUUUCUUUAGACAGCUACUGGGGAUAAAGGUUUAUUUUUUCUUACCAGCACGUUGAUAAAUCUAUCGACUAACGUUUGCAAAUUAGCUCAGAAAAUGGAAUUCAGCUCCUGUAAAGCAACUGUUAAAUAAAAUAAUACCUUGCCGGCUGGCUCGGUGCAGUGUAUUCAGUCAUACAGUAAAAAAAAAAAAAGGAAACCCAGAAUCGAGCCAAGCAUAGUAUGUAAUCUAAUAUCUUUGGGAGAGAGAGAGAAGUUAUCGUGCUCUACUGCAGUAAACCUAUUCUCUCCUCGCAGGCUGUGGAUACACACUUUCUCUGCUCCUGAUUCUUCUCCAAGAAUUCCUCCAAAUUCCCAGUGUCCUAUGUAUGAUGACAGAGAAGACCCUUUCUGUCCUUAAACAGAGCACUUGGGAACCUAAGCGGCUGGGCACAAGCCCCUGGGUGAGUAAUAGUUACAGUAUAGUUACAGUAUAGACUUGAAAAAGUCUGCAAAAUAUUUUUUCCUCUACUAACAACCUAAAAAUCUUGCAUUCCCAGCUUCCAAAUUGCAGCUAUUCUGCUAUCGGUAACUUGUUUGUCCUUUAAUCAGCUGAUGAGUUCCACUCCAUCCUCUGCUGUUUAUAUGUAAUCAGACAGCCUGGUCUUGUUCUAAACAAGUAGACGAGCAGAAUGUGUCACUGAUUGUUCCUAAUAUUUGUUUACAGAAUGGAAUCUCCAAAGCUUUAAACAUGAAUUAUUUGGCAAUUGGGUGCAGAGGCUGCUGGGUUGUAAUGAAUGCACCCAUUGUUUUGUGUUUGUUUGGCCCAUAUUUUAUUUUCUCAGAAAGAGCUUGUGCAUGUUCCAAGCAUCUCUUGUGAUUAGUGGCAAAGUCUCCGAAUGUCCACAAGCUUGCGGAAUGUGUCAGCUUGCAGCUGAAAGGUCUGGGCAUCUCUGUAGGUUUAAAGGGUCUGCACAAGUAUACGUUAAAUUCCUCAGAGUGAAUCCUCAUCAAAUCUCAGGCAGAUUCCAUCGCCCUAUGUUAACUGGGCUGGCUGUAUAUUUAUUAGGGAAGUUUUGGAAACAAUUGCUUUUCUGCUUCAGAUUUUCCCAGUUUCUCCAUAAACUAUUUCACGAUCAUUCACUCAAAUUUGACAGUUUGCAAUGAAAUUUAAAUAUCAUGCGCAAUGUAACAAUGAACGCAUCAUGAGAUGGAUACUGAAGGGUUAAGAUGUGAGCGGAGCAUCCUUUAAAUUUUUGUCCCAUAGUAAAAUUGGAUUAUAGAGCUUUGCUAAAUGUGCAUGUCUUAAAAUGAUGCUUAAUUAUAAUGAUACAAGUUGCAGCCAGCAAUAUCUCGUCAGACACACCCUGCCCAUUUUCCUGAGUGCAAAUGUGGUCCCAAUGGAUACAGGAUACUAUUCUUCCCAUUCUUGGAGUCUUCAGACUGUCAGGACAAUUAAUGAGUGCUGCGCUUUGUAAGUACUAAGUAUAGAAAUUCAUGUUAGUAUGACAUUAACGGUGAUAUAGCUGCAGAGUGAUCGAUUUUGUAUAUACAUUUAAGUGGUCCUGAAAGCAUUGCAAAGUGUGUGUUUAAAGAGACACAUAAAGAGGUCGUAAUGAAGGGAUUUGGGGUCGUAGAUUCUGCUGCUGCGGCGUUCAAAAUAAGAAAACGCCUUAUCUAACAAAUAGCGCUGUUUACAUUUCGCGGUUUCACGCAGACAACCACAAGUGUCAAUUAUUGAAUCUAUUUAUGAUUUGGUAUCAGCAUGCAAAGUGUCCUUACACCCAAGGCUGCGUGUGUCUAAUGGCACUGGAUUCAUUGCUUCUUGUAGAUAAAUACUGUAUUGGAUUGGUGGUCAGAGUGAUUGUUGCGCAUGCACCAAAUGUUCAGUGCUUCUCCUAUGAGAAGUAUACGAUUGGACAAAUGUCAUAAGAACUGAUGGCUUCACGCUAUGGAGAUUGUGAUGCUCUAAGGAGUCUUUCCUGGUGCUGGUAUAAUGAUUUUUUAAGGCAGGGCCAUGUGAUCUAAAUAACAAAAGGAAUAUGUAUUGUUAAAAAAUAUAGUUUUAAUUAGAAGGGUCCUUUAAGUGUGAGAUUAAAGGACCACUAUAGUGCCAGGAAAAUAUACUCGUUUUCCUGGCACUAUAGUGCCCUCAGGGACCCCCUCCCGCCGGGCUGGAUGGCGAGGAAAGGGUUAAAUCUUCUCUGAAACUGCUAUGUUUAUUAAAAAAAGGGUUAAUCCUAGAGGGACCUGGCACCCAGACCACUUCAUUAAGCUGAAGUGGUCUGGGUGCCUAGAGUGGUCCUUUAAUAAAUGUCCCUCCAGAUUAAAAUUCCAUCUCUGAAUUUGACAUGAAAUUGCAACUGCAGUUUAUUAAAAGAUAUUCAGAAGUAGAUUUGCAAAGUUGUACUCACAGAGUCAGGAACCAGAUCAAAAAUAAAUGACAAAAUUCUAUGAAAAGUAUAGGAAUUUAAAUAUUUGUCAAACUUGGACAGGAUCCAAAUUGACCCAGAAAUUACCAUUUGGAGCUAGAUUUAAAUAUUCUAGGGGAUUCUUUUUUCUGCUUUUUAGUAUCAAGUUGAGCCAAAAAUUACAAAAAAAAUCUUCCCACUGGAUGUUCAUGCAGGUAGUGUGAUUCCACCAAUCUUUAGACUUAUUCCCAACAGAGUAGAGUGCUAGUUUCACUGCAUCACUACUCAAUGGGUCUGGAAGUUGAAAGAGGAACUUCUUAUAACCCAGCAAGCAGGUAUAAUGCCUCACCCCAUUUCCUCACCCCUUUGAUGGUGUAUGUGGGUUAUGAAUUGAAUAUUUCUGAAGAAAUGGAACUUAAAUGACCAUUUUCUCCUUUUUACAAUCCCGUGGUGUGGACAGUUGAUGAAUAAUUGACAGAAUAGUUUAAAGAUUAUUCAUUAAAGGACCACUCCACACACAUUAAGCACUUUCUCAUGUUGUGAAGAGCAAGAGUGUGUAAUCUUUUUCCAUUUUACAAAAAGUGCAGAUAUCAAUAGAUACUGGCAUUUUUAUGAACUAACCUUGUUUCACCCAUGUGACUGUCAAUCAGACAACCGGUUCUGUUACUUCCUGGUUUGUUUAGCUCAGUGGAGCUAAACUCAAGAGGCAGCAAUUGUCCAGAGCACCUGAAUUGCAAAGACUUCUCUUUGAGCUGCAUUGGGAAGUCUGGGAGAGUGUUUGAUAGAAGAAGAGCAGUAGAAAGGAACGGUAGAAAGAUGGAAUGUGUGUGUCAGAGAGAGAGAGAGGAGAUGAACAUGUGUGGGGCUGCCUCCUUAUGUAAUCAAAAGCACGCUCUCAUUUCUCAUAUUUGUAAAAUCUGGAGUCAGGAUUAGUAGCUGAGAAAUAUGGUCUGAUAAUGCUGUUACAAAGAUGCACAAUCUUAACAUAGGACCACAUAGUGACUGAGUCUACAUUAUUAUACAUUGUUAUACAUCCAUCUAGUCUUUAUGGAAAGAUUUGGGAUUAACAGUACUUUUAUUUCUGCGAAGGCAAGUCUGAACUUCUCCUAAAUGCAGAACUUUUGAAAACAAGGUUUAGUUUUGUCGACACAUUAUAUUUUCAGACUAAAAGCUUUAACUUUAUACUUGUUUGUUGCAGUCAAACAGAGGGGAAAUAAAGGCAGGUUUAAAACUCUAAUGCCAUCUCAUUAGAGUUUUUAGGGACAUUUGGUUACUAUUUCUGGAGAUAUGAUCGGAACCUACAGAGAUAUACUUCUGAUUUAAAUGACUGCUAAGCAUACUGACUGGAGCACCCAUUGGAAAAUACCUAACUGGAGCACCUUUUGGUAGAGGCCUGACUAGAUGAUUUUUGGUAUAGGCCUGACUGAAGCACCUCUUGAUAGAGGCCUGACUAAAGGAACCCAUGUGAGAGACUUAAUGGAAAUAUCUUUAGGGAUGUACCUGCUUUCAGCACCUGUUUGGAGAGGUCUAUUUAUACAGAGACGUGACUGGAGUAACUCUACCUGAGAUAAAAUUGGAUCUCUACUUGGUGGCAAGCUGAUUGGAGAAUCCCUUGGGCAAUACUCUACUUGGUUAUCUCAAGAGAGAGUUGUUAGUGGAACACCUCUUGGAAGAGACUUGCAAGGAGCAUCACUUGUGUAAUAUCUAACUAGAGUAUCUAUUGAGCUAGACCUGUCUUGGCCACCAAUUGGGUUAGAUAUGGUCAGAGAACAUGACAGGACACUUCCUGGGAAAAACAUGGAAGUAGCACUACUUGGGGGAGAUUUAACUAAACAACAUCAACCAAGAAAGAUGUGUGUGGAGCAUCUCUUUGGGGAGUUCUCUUUCGGGUAUCCCUUGGUAGAUACUUAAUUCAGGUUUCUCUUGGGAGAGACCUGACUCGGAGGUAGCUAAACUGAGAACAUCUUGGUACAUAGCUAAUUUGAACAAUUCUUUACCUGGGUACAUUGACAAUACAGUUCUUUUCUUUAAACACACACUAUUGUUUUAAUAUAAUAUAAAUACAUUGUACACUAUGUACCUAAUGUAUAUUAUGUAUGAACCUUUGGUUUAACUCUUCGUUGUAUGUUUUCUGUGUAUGUCUGCUGGUAAAAUGUGUUUUUGUUUUUCAUGGCUUUAUUUUGUAGCAUGUAGCUACACACCCAUCUAAAUUUAGAAAAGUAAUAAAGAAUUGUAUCAGUUGGCUGUGUUUGUUGUUAUAUGAUUUAAUUCAUUUUAGGAACAUGUUAGAUCUAUAUUUAUGUACAUGUAUUUUGGACAGUUAUGUUAGAAACAGAGUUUCAUUAUUACUGUAGAACUAAAUGCUGGAUAUGUGAGACAGGAACAUGUUUACUGUUUCAUAGACGAGGCAAUCAUUGCUUUGACUUCCCUACCCUUGAGAAGAAUACAGUGAGAUUCACAUUGAUAUGAUUUAGUAGAAGAGGUCCUACGACUGUGACCUAGAGAUAUAUAUCUUAAAAAAUAUCAGUUUACAGCAACAGAGGGAAGCAUAAUUACUAAAUGGAACUAUAGACAAAAUAUACAAGAAGACAACCUGUAAUUUUAUAAGAAACGAAGAGCAGUAAUUCUACAUUGUUUUCCAAGGUGGCCACAGUUUCUUUAAUUCCUCAGGGGUUCAUGUGCACCUCAUUAUAGUUACAUGUUAGCAGGUGUUAGAUACUUUUAAAUUGUUUUAAUCUAAUAAAUGUGUAAGCAGUCUCUCUCAUGAAUUUCCCAUCACAAUCUGCCUCGAACACUCCCCACCAUGGAUUAAAUUGUGAAUUCCCACAAACUCCUUGUUUCUUUUUGUUCCACUGUAUACUGAUUUUUUAGUAAUGGUUUACUGCCUUAACCCUUGCACAUCACUGCUUCUCAGUGGUAUACAUGGAGAAAGUAUCUUUGCAAAGGCUUUUUAAUGUUAUCUUUUUUUUUUGCAUCCUGUAUUUGUAGUACAGUACAUUAUUAUUAUACGAUUUUAUUUAACUAAUGUUCUUGUGAAUUGAUCAUGGAGACGAGUAAUUUAUAGUGUGUUCUUGGGUUCUGUAAAAUAUUACCCAAAAUCCUUAAAGUAUUAUGUCUGUGCCUUGUUAGUGGAGAUUGUGAUUGCUUGUCUGGUGGGAAACUGACUUCUCCACAGUGUGAAUGGAAUCAAUGUUACAUGUGCUUCUCCCACUGGGACAUAUUCGUCAGCUGAGAACACGUGUUUUAGAUGUUAUUUAAAGUGUCACUGUCAUCAGAAACUGCCUUCAUUGCACUAUAGCACUCCAAAACCUGACCACACUGUAUGUUGAUACUUGUAACAUUAGUUACAAUUUGGCUGAAUUAAAAAAAACGAAUGAUAGAUUAUUAGCAAUCCUUUUAUUGCCAUGGGGCACAGUGGACACACAUAAUCACCAGAGAGUUCAAUGAAAAUGUUCCUAUUCUCUGUACAUUGGAAUGUUAAGAAAUAUUCAAGUCACAUUGUCAUUGGUUGCUCAAAUUACAUAUUCUCAAGUCACAUAGUCUCAUUGGUUGAUACAAUUGUAUAUUCUCAAAAUACUAUUUGUUAUCAGUAGCUGUCCCUAAAGGUGUUGAGAAAUGAGAGGCAAUUUCAAAAUGGCCACCUUGACACUGACAAAAUGUUACUUAACUUAAGCGUAUUAUUAUUUGGUUAGAUGAAGGUGACAUAAAUAUGUUACAAAUAUUAUUUUAAUUUAGUAUAUAUUAAAACAAUAUGCUGGAUAGUUAUCAUUAUUUUAAUGUAAUGUUUGUUCUGCAGUUGGACAACCAGAGAUCAUUAUUUGAAUAUAGUGUAUAGUAAUGCAAUAUACCAGCAGGUGAUCAUUAUCUAAAUAUAAUGUAAGUUGAAGCAAGUUUGAUCUAAUUUUCAUUUUCCAUAUACUUUUUAUGUCAAAGCAGUCCAUGUGCAGUGAUUAUCACAGCUAGACAAAGUGUGUUCAUGACCACUAUUAUAAUAAAUAGAGGUCUGUGUAUUCCUUCAUUUACAAUAAGCACUUUAUCACAGUUUUAUAACUAGGUCAGCUGUUGAAACUUGUGAUUUUUGGUGUUACAUCUGAAUUUACAAAUGUCUCCCAUUCAGUGUGUUAGUAUUGGCAAUUGCUAUCAUUAAAACUGAAGAAAUUAUUUUUAAAAACUCCUAUAUUCUAUGUUAAAAAAACACAGAAAUAAGGGCUGUGCCUGAGAUAUACACAAAAAUAGUAAACGUAAACAACGACUAGUGUAAAAGUGUAAAAUUGAUAAGCUAUCAAUAUAAUAAAAAAUAGUAAAGAUAAAAAGUCUUAAUAAAAAAAUUAGUUAAUAGUAAAGGCAAGUGGUCAAAGGGUCACAGCUGAACAAUCUUGUCUAGAAGGGUAUGCAGGUUUUUCAGAGUCCCUUGAUGUAAUCCAUAUAUAGCAUAAAAAGACAAAAGCGGGAAAGGCUCCAAAAGUGCAAUAUAUCAAUAUGAUCAGAGUGAAGGUAAUAAAAAUAACAAUGGGUUACUCACAUUUAGUGGAGCUAUAGCCAGCUCCAACGUACAUGACGUGCAGUGGUAUAAUCCCCACUUACAGGAUAUAUUGUAUAUUAGCUAUAUUGUUUUAGCUAAGAAUAUAGAAUUGUUUGUAAAUAAAUAAAUAAAUACUCAGCAAUACCACAGCUAUGUCACUGUUGAUGAGGUAUAUGAGGCUCAAAAAACAUUUGAGAUUUACAAAGCAGAAAGAUGACACUUUUCUGGAUACUUUUAAAACACUUUAAAAAAAAACAGAACAAACUUCCACCCCCCCUACAAAAAAAUAAAACAAAAAAAAUAUUUAGUUCUGAACUCUUUGAUAAAUCUCCCCAACUGUGUUCAAAGACAAGGCCAAGUAGAGGAACAAUUAUAAAUUACAUUCUUCUCUGCUUCAGUUGAGUGGCAUAAAACAAGUUACAUAAUUGAGUUUGUUAAAAUUGUUUGGAUUGCAGAAUUAUUAUUAUAUGAAAGAGAAAGCUCUUACAAGUUAUAUAUGUAGACGCCUGAUCUGUUCUCUUGUCUGGUGUGGAAAGCUGGCUAAAUAUUGGACAUUUAUGUUACUGAAUAUAGAUACAUUGGUGCAUUCUAAACUAGAGAACAAGCAAUAAUUCAAUAGACCCACUCAACACCGAGUGAUUGUAAUGCUAAAUAUUCUUUAUUUAUUCAUUAUGUGGGUUCACAGAUUGGCCAGGCCUUGUAGCUUGAUGUAAUAGGAAAGAUGAAUACAGGAAGUAGCAGGAUUUUGACGGGAUAAUCUUUUUCUCUAUAAUAUCACCUCUGUCUCUUUAAUACCAGCCCUUUCACGUCCCUCACGUUAUCCUCAGUGACACAUAGACUAGUCUGUGUUUACAGGUCACAUUGUGACCUUCAGUGAUCCCUGGAGCAUGGUAUUCGAUGUGUUAAUUAUCUCAAUUAACAUGUGUUUCUCAUCAUUCCUAUUGUAAAGUAAAGCAGAUGGUAAAGAUUUUAUUAUUGUCUGGGGGGGACUCUGGCGUCUAUUCACAAGAAGGCCCAGGAGAGUUAUCAUGAGAUGAAUACCCAUAAUAAUGUUUGUAUUGCAGUAUUCUGCAGUGAGAUUUUAAAAAGCCAGUUCAUCUCAGCUAAAAUUCUGGCAUAGCGCCCACAUUCCGAAAUCCGAUGUGACAGUCCCCUUUUUCAUCCUUCCCGCUAUUUGCUGCUGUUCCACUUCUGAAAAGCAAGGCAAACUUUAAGUUCAAGAAGAGUGGAGUAGUAAUAUGCCAAUGCUAGGUAUGGGUAAAUAAGGACUUUCUGCCUACGCAAGAGUGUCUUCACUUCUCCUUUGUCUUUCCUUAAAGUCCGGUUUGAGCUUUUCUGGUUUCUGAGAUUUAGAAUUUCUGACAAUAGGGGGUAUUUUUGCUUCCCUUAGCAAGACAUCUUUUGUUUGAUUUGAAGCAACUCUUUCCCUGGGGGACCAUCAUUACUGCGGCUACUUGUCGUUUUGGGAUUACUCACCUGCCUUUUUAGUAGAGAGCCGACUUACAUGGCUCUCCAAAUUGUGAGUUUUUCCUGUUAUACAUAUAUCUGAAAAUUUUCUUUUAUUUGUUGCCCUAUGAAGGUUCUGUUAUAUUUAUUUCAGAUUAUUAAGGAGAAAAAUAUCCAUUGUGUGCGCCAACUUCUCUCUGUUUCUCCAUAUUUGAUGUAAGUGUUUUGGGUGAUACAACACUUGUGUAGCUUGAGACGCACUGGGAUAUACGUUAUUAUUUAAUUUAGAGCGCCAUUUAUACACCUUUUCUAUGUUUGUUAUCGUUUGUUGUGCCUACCUCUGUACAUUGCCAUUGAAAUGCAUUGUAUGACCAGCAUACUCCACUGAUAUUUGGAGGUAUGCUUGGUGUGUGAACCUUCUUGAUGGAACUUUAUAGAGAUUUCAAAGUGUGGUCUCAAAAAUAACUUUGUGCAGUCACAAAUGACCUGGAAUUACUUCCAAAUACAUAUUUGUGGUGGAAGUUUAGAGACACCAAUCUUACCAACAUGGAUGGACCUUCACAGUUGACGCACUUGAACAAAUCACUUGCAGUGCAAAAAAAAUCAGAAUAUGCAAGUCUGAAGUCUUCAUGUACAAGUGGAAGCCCAAACCUCUCAUGAUCAACCUCCUAUCCAUGAUUUGGUGAACCUAGGCUUCCCGUGGGUUCUCUGUAUUUUUCCAUGUGUAAAAACAUAGAACAUUUAGAUUAAAAAAGAAAAGUCUUUACAAUCUCCAUAGAACAUGGAAGAAGAUCAGAUAACUAGUUGCUAUUUGACUAACCAACCUGCAAUAAGAUAAGGAGUCUAACUUACAGGGCUUUAUUCACUUUAAAUGUGUGUAUGUUGAUGGUGAUCUAAGUAAAUUUAAUAAAGACUAAACUAUUUGAAUUCUAAUACCAAGAUGAAUGAAAUUACUAGUGGCUGUAUACUUUUGAGAACUGGUCUCCCGACUUUCUUUUUAUCUUAGUGGGGGACCUAGCCUCAUAAAUUCUUUAUUUGUUCUAAUUCUAACGUUAUCCAGGUUAACCCCUAUUUACCCACCCAGUCCUUAUCUGCUCCAUGGACUUUUGCCUAACCUAUGUAGCUUCUUUCUAUCAUUGAUUACUUACAGGGAAACCAUCAACCACCAAGGACUUAUCUUUAAAUUCUGAUAGCUGCAUGGUCAAGAUCCGCAUUUGGAUUUAGUGAGGCUUAUAUUCUUGUUUUAAGUUUGAAACCUAUAGGUCAUUUAAUCAAUUAAAUAUAUUUUAGCAAAGGUAAGCUUGAAAGAGAGUAUUUUGUUUACAGGUAGACAUUUAUUAAAUAAGGCAAUAGUGGCUGUGAAUGGUCUAACUUGGCAGAGAUGAUAACCAGAGGCGAAACGCAUCAUGCUAAUGCUAUAGUCAGCCAAUACAGGAAGUGAGAAGCAGCUUGCAGGAGAGGACACUGAGAAAUGAGAUACAUGCAACAAAUGGGACACAUCUUUAAAGAAUAGUACAAGACUGGUGUUACUAUCCUAAUAAGGUGAUUUCACCUCAAAGUGGCUGCUUACCUGUGAGGGUUUUAGUUAAAGUUUUACUGAAGCUGACAUUCCAAUUACCUGAUUUGGCUUUAUUGGUUGGGGAUCCAUCGCUCAUGAGUACCUGAUACACUCAGAACGUGUGAGUGGCACUGUUCCACUCCUCUCCUGUGUGUUGCUACUUGCUAACUCAUUUAUAUUUUCUUUAUGUGCCAGUUAGUCUGCACUAAAUGUUUUUGCCCUUUCACUGAUUAUAUCAUUGUCAUUUUAAGUUUACUGCUCUAAAACACUCAUAUUUGUGUUCAGUGAUGUCUCACGAAUACAACUGUAUGCCCCAUGUACAGGUUUUAUGGGGUUUUGGAAGGUUACAGGGACAAAUAAAGGGAUUUCCCAUUUCAGUUUGCCAGAUUGGUUAGGUGGCCUAUGUUGCCUUUGAGACCAUAUGGCAGCCCAGGAAUGAGAAUUACUCCCAUCAGAGGAUAUCAUUCACAAAAGAAGACAACCCAGGGUAUUCAGAAUUCGGUAAGUCCAGUCUUUUGAAGUAGCCACUUAGUCAUAAAUGCUAGACAAAGUUAGUUUUCAUAUUUUGUUUUGCAUUUUUCACACAAAAACUGCACUUUCAAUUAUGAUAUCAUUAGCAUUUAAAGUUUUAGUGUUUUAAAACACUCAUAUUUGUUUUCAGCCAAGUCUCACAAGUACAACAGUACCCCACAUGUACAGGUUUUAUGGUGUUAUGAAAAGUUACAGAGUUAAAUAUAGGGCUUGUAAAUUAAAUUCAAUGGACUUUCUGCCUGGGUUGUCAGGCAGGUCCCUUGAAUUAUAAUUAAUAAAAUUAAUGAAUUAUGUAAAUAUAGUAGAUAAAUAUAGAUGUCGAAUAUAUAUAUAUACAUAUAUAUAUAUAUAUAUAUAUAUAUAUAUACACACACACACACACACACACAAAAGGCCUAUUUCUCUCAAAUAUUGUUCACAAAUCUAAAUCUGUGUUAGUGGGCACUUCUCCUUUGCCGAGAUAAUCCAUCCACCUCACAGGUGUGGCAUAUCAAGAUGCUGAUUAGACAGCAUGAUUAUUGCACAGGUGUGCCUUAGGCUGACCAUAAUGGAAGGUCACUCUAAAAUGUGCAGUUUUACUGUAUUGGGGGGGUCCAGGGAGGUCCGGGGCUCCAAAACCAGUCAUUAUCUAGUGUGAUCACCAUUUACUUCAUGCAUUGCAACACAUCUCCUACGCAUAGAGUUGAUCAAGUUGUUGAUUGCGGCCUGUGGAAUGUUGGUCCACUCCUCUUCAAUAGCCAUGCGAAGUUGCUGGAUAUUGGCAGGACCUGGAACACGCUGUUGUACACGCCGAUCCAGAGCAUCCCAAACAUGCUCAAUGGGUGACAUGUCUGGUGAGUAUGCUGGUCAUGCAAGAACUGGGAUGUUUUCAGCUUCCAGGAAUUGUGUACAGAUCCUUGCAACAUGGGGCCAUGCAUUAUCAUGCUGGUGAUGGUCAUGGAUGAUGGUCAUGGAUGAAUGGCACAACAAUGAGCCUCAGGAUCUCAUCACGGUAUCUCUGGGUAUUCAAAAAGCCAUCAAUAAAACAUACGUCCAUAACAUACGGCUGCCCAUACCAUAACCCCACCGCCACCAUGGGCCACUCAGCCCACAACACUGACAUCACCAAACCGCUCACCCACAAAACACCACGUUGUUUGCCAUCUGUCUAAUCAGCAUCUUGAUAUGACACACUUGUGAGGUGGAUGGAUUAUCUCGGCAAAGGAGAAGUGCUCACUGAAACAGAUUUAGACAGAUUUGUUGACAAUAUUUGAGAGAAAUAGGCCUUUUGCGUACAUAGAAAAAGUCUUAGAUCUUAGAGUUCAGCUCAUGAAAAAUGGGGGCAAAACCAAAAGUGUUGCCUUUAUAAUUUUGUUAAGUGUAUAAUACAUAUUUAAUAUAUUGUUGAAUCUGUGUUUAACUUUUAGUUAUUUUUCAGACACUGGGCAAACUGCCUGAACACUCAGGCAGCCCCCCUGCAGGCAGUCUCAUAGACUGCUUUGCUGCCAUGUGAUUUGCAAUGUCCGGUUCACUAAAUGUGGGGUGGCAUAGUAUGCCCUAACGGCAUUAAGGGGUUCAUUUAGAAUCUUUUAUCUCCUGCUCUGUUGAUAGCCUACUGUCAGGAUCUUACCUGAUGUGGAGUCCGGUAUGCAGAGAUAUAUGCUCACCCUUGCAAAUAAACACAGGCCAGGGUGGUUAGGUAAGAAUUCACCUGGCCUGUGAGUCUGUGCACGGGGGCUGUGCAGGAUAUUGCUCCAAGUCGCAGUACAGGCAAGGACACAAGCAGGAAAAUCGUCGAGGGUAAGUCAAAAGUCAGAGGGUGCCAGAAGUCAGGAUAAACAAGGGUAAGCCAAAGUCAAAGAAUGCCAGCGGUCAGGACACACGAUAAGAAAAAAACAAGGUCAGGAGCCAACUGGAGAACACUGGAUCACAAAUACCAACACAGGAAUCAGGGUCAAUGAACUGACACUGCCCUCAGAGAGAGGCAGUGUUUUAUAUCUGGCUGAUUAGACAUCUGCUUCAGGUGGGCUGAGAAACUGGAGCAGCCACAGGAAAAGUCCAACCUCCUAGUGCUGGAGACAAGACAAGAUCGGACUUUAGGCUGAUACAUGAGCUGAAUAAUGGCUCAGAUCAGCAGAUCAGAUCAGCAGGCCGAGGACGCAAAGUACCCAAGUUAAAAUCCCCUGUUGGGCACUUAUGUGGUGACUGCGUCUGGAUGUCAUGGUGAGAACCGUGACACCUACAAGAGCCUGCAACAGCCUCCUGUGUGUGAUUAAAGUUCAAUGAUCAGAAGCCAGAGAUCUUGAGAACUUGUAAAUUAUUGUUUUUGUGAGUCACAGCCAGGGAAGAUGUGGCUAUGGCUGCAUAAACAAAAACAAAACUGAUUUAACUCCAAAAUGGCAGAGAAUUGAUCGGUGAGACAGUUGGGACAUGAUCUAUACAUCAAACUGCUUCACUAUGUAAAAGAUUUAUGGGUGCCUAUGAAGUUUUGACUCUGGUAUAAUGAUGCCUCACCUCUUUUAGACUGUCACUUCUUCACCUGUCUCAAUUGUAAAAGCCAUUGUUAACCACUUGUAUAGGGUGAGGUUGUUCAGCUCUUCAUUAUCUGCUACUCUGUUAGUAUUAUUGGUAUUAUUAUAUAUAGUUACACCAAAUUGUUCAAGUUACUGUUGAUUUCACUAUCUGGUUAUAACAGAUUCAGAGGCUGAAUUCCUUUUAAUGCCAUAUAGUUAUUCACGAAACCUGGCAUUGUUGUUGGGAAUUGACACGGGAACAGAUACAAUUGAAAUAGAUAAAGAGGAAAGAUCAGAUCAGAAAAUUUACUGCAGCUUAUCAAUAACCAACCAUUUUCCUUUUAGUGAAUAGCCUUGAUACCAUCCUGAAAGCAUCCCGUUUAGUUUUCAUUUUAGUUUCUUUUUUCUUUUUUUUAAAUUAUGAAUUCUUUUUUUCUUUUCGUUUUUAUUAGAUUUUUUGUUUUUUUUUCGUGCCCGUUUUAUUUCUACUCUGUUAUUUGCAGACAUGCUUUUAGGGGAUUCCAGCCACGGAUUAUAUAACAGUUUAUUUAUGGGAAGAGUCGAUUUGUUUGGAUGCAGUCGGCGAAGGUGCAGCUUCUAACUGAGAAUAAUCAUUUGCAGUAUGUUUUCUAUAAAACGUCUAGACAUGAUUAUCAAAUUCUUUGCAAGUGCGCCGCCCACAGAAACCUAUCGCUUACAGUACAUGACCCAGUUCUCGGAUAUUGUUUAAAGCAAACGAUUAUUUGGAAAUAUCAGCAGAUAGUUUAAAUGACUUUGCUGGCAAAACACAAGAACUGUCCUGUGUGCUAAGUUUGCAAAAAAAUAAGGUUGUCUCUGUCCUUUCAUAAGAAGCUCACUGUUCGCCUCUGCUGAAGGGGGGAGGAAUUUCGCCAGCAGUUUGUUGAAACUGUUUCAUGCCAUUAGGUGUACUGUAAACUAUCCUGGGCUAAAUUCUUUGCUUGACAAUGACUCUCUGAAUUUGAGAUGCUUUUUUACUUUUAUAGAGGGAAAAAGGGACAGGAGCAUAGUACAGAGAACGUAUCGUGGUAGAAUCAAAUCGGGCUUUAAUGCUCUCCUUGGGACAAGGCUUGAGGCAGUCUUCUUGAAGGCUAUCAGCAUUGAAGAGGUAAGUGAAUACUACCAGAAUGAAUAAAACCAAAAUUAGGAGACACGACGAUUGUAUGACCUAAAAUUAAAUGGUUCAGCACCCAAACCUGAUUUUAGUGACCUGCACUUUUUUAUUGCGUGGCUGUGCGCGUGUGUGUGUGUGUCUGUGUGUUUUCAGGGUUUGUUCCCUUCAAUUGGAAAUGCAGAUGUAAGAUUAGUAAAUUGCAAAUUUUAGUUAAAAAUAACUGAGCUAUAGAAAUUGCUGGUUUGGGAGAUUUUCCCAAAUCAGCAGUUUUAUCCGGUGUUUUGCAAUAUCCUUGUCAUCUAUACACAAUUGCUAGUUUAACGAUUAAACCCUUUGUUUUAUUGUGUCUAAACUGGGUGCUGACUGUAACUGACCUACACUCAUACUACAUAUCCUUGUAUGUAUGUAAAUUUGUUUCUGUGUAACUGAUUUCUGACUCUUUCCGAGUAUCUUUCUUCAAACCUGUACAUCUGUUCUGUACAUACUCCUUUAUCUGUUUACUAGUAGGUAUGUUCGUGUCUAUGUACCUGUAAGUCUGUAGAUGUGCGCUUGUUUCUCUGACUAUGUACUUGUGAGUCUGGGUGUGAGUGAUUAUGUGACAGCAUAUAUACCUGUGUGUCUCUUUAUGUGUGAUUGAGUGUUUGUGUAUGUACUUUUAUACCUGUGUAAGUGUGAUUGUUUGUUUGUCAAUACCUAUGUGUCUGUAUAUGAGUGUAUGCCUGCAUAUGCGUGACUAUUUCUGUAUUCUUCUGACAAAAUCUGAAUGUAACUUUUCAGGCACUUUUGGACUGUUUCUCAGUAUGUGUGUAUCUAUAGUUGUGUGUCUCCGUAUGUCUAUUAUGCCUGUGUUUUAUUAAUUAUGUCUGUGAGUUUGUAUGUUUGUGUGUACAUAUUUUUUAUUUACUUUCAUCAUGUUAGAAUGAUCAACUUGCUAUUCAACUGUGAAAACAGAGUGUACACAUGUAAUAAAAUGUUCAUUUAAACACAUUAAUGUGAAAAUGUAAAAGGUCCUUGCUUACUUGGCAGGGGGAACAAAAUAUAGUUUGACAAACUCAUUUUUCUUUACCAAUGCCUUUGUUAUAUAAAGCAAAGAAUGCAUUGCUACACAUUGCUCAGUACACCAAAGACCUUUUGUCAAUUAGCUGUCUGCCAAUUUAGGGGUCUCUUAAAUCAUCCAUGAUCUCUCCAUCUUUUCUACUGCCCUUCCAUCCUGGUGCCCCCCAGUCCCAUUGCUCUACCCCCCUGGCAUUUGUCUAUUUGAUUUCCCACUGGCCUUUCUUCCUCCAUUGUUCUCUCUCCUUUAUCAUUGUUUACCCCUUUUUUCCCAUUGCUUUGCAAUCUUUCAGUUGCUGCCUCUCAUUUAACAUUGUGUGCUCCCCUUUAUCUCAUUGAGGGAUCCUAGUUGAUGACAUUCAGCCAGUUUCCGAGCUAAGGGGAAUUUCUCCAGGUACAGGGAGUACCUUCUGGAUACCACAAUUUUACAGACCCUUAUAUAGCUUUCACUGGAUGACCAGCCCUUUUGGUUUAAACCUACUUUUUCAUGAGACCAUCUCUCAUUGACUUGGACUGCCCACUUCUUGUACUCGAAAAAGACGAUUGGGGAACUUACAGAGGUUCAUAGUCAAGGUUAAUGGCGCAAAGAGGACUACCUCUUCCCUCUUCUUCACCUUCUGUUAGAGGAGGGUGUAUAAGAAGAAUCCCUGAAUCCUUUUUGAGAUGAAUGUGAUUCUAUGAAGUGUAUUAUCCCGAGUGGAUGGGGUGGAGGGUACUGAGAGUAUUAUUUGCAAUGAAACAUGCCCAGACUGAGUACUUGGCGCCAACUAAGGGAAAUAAUAAACCAUACUUUUCCAAGUCAGCCCUAUGAUUGCUACUGAUCAUAAACGUGUUCAUGAUACUCCCGGUUCUAGAGUAACUAGAAUGGUGCAAUUAUGAUUAUUUACAUAUUAUGAAUGUAAAACAAAUCACAAUCCCCUAGCUCAAGUUUAUAUCAUUCACAUGUAACAUUGUCCUUAUUGUGUGGACACAAUUAUUAAAGGGACACUAUAGUCACCAGAAAACCUACAGCUUAUUGAAUUUGUUCUGGUGAGUAGAAUCAUUACAUUCAGGCCUUUUUGCUGUAAAUACUGUCUUUUCAGAGAAAAUGCAGUGUUUACAUUACAGCCUAGUGAUAACUUUGUUGGCCACUCCUCAGAUGGCUGUUAGAGAUCCUUCCUGGGUCAUGGCUGCCUAAAAUGCAUCCAAACAUUCAGUAUCUCCUCCCUCUGCAUGCAGACACUGAACUUUCCUAAUAGAGAUUCAUUGAUUCAAUUCAUCUCUAUGAGGAGAUGCUGAUUGGCCAGGGCUCUGUUUGAAUCAUGCUGGCUCUGCCCCUGAUCUGCCUCCUUGUCAGUCCCAGCCAAUCCUAUGGGGAAGCAUUGUGAUUGGAUCAGGCUACCACUUCUGAUGAUGUCAGCAGACUGCUUGUUUUUCUGAGACAAACAGCAUGCAGAUCUACAGCUUCAGGCUUGAAUUCAGUAAGAUAUUGCUAUGUUUAUGGAGGCAUGAGGGGCCCAGGGGGGCUAGAUGGUGGUUUUAACCCUAUAGGGUCAGAAAUACAUGUUUGUGUUCCUGACCGUAUAGUGAUCCUUUAAUGCAAACUACCAAUAAAUAUGCCAACAUAGAGUGAUUAAUUAAAGCAUGAGUUUUACAAACAAGUAUAACCACUGAUGAGGUCAAUAUAUGGGAAACUAAAUCAGAGCCUAAUCCAGCCAGUUGUCAGAUGAAGGAAAAUACCCAGUCGAGAAACCGUCAGCAGCAGACCUGUUCUGUCCCAUGCCACCCAUUAAACACCCAUUCAGUACAAAGAAUUUGUGAAAGAAGCAAAAUUAUACUAAAUGUCUGGAGCUAAGCAAAGUACCCAGUGACUAAAUAAUGGCAUAAAAAAUAAACAUCAAUGUUAAUGAAUAAAACUCCCUUGGGGACACUCCAGACCCGUAAAGCACUUCAGCUAGAUGACUAGGUGUCCUCUUAUUUAAUUUUACAAAAAGUGCUAAUUUUAAUAGAAAUUUAGAAAAUAUACUUUUCUAACCUUAUUACACACUGAUUGGCUGUCAAUCAGACAAUAGGUUCUGUUACAUCCUGGUUUGUUUAGCUCAAUGAAGCUAAACUCAAGAGGCAGGAAAUUGCCCAGAGUGCCUGCCUUGCAAAGACUUCUCUUUGAGAUAGGUUGGGAAGUCUGUGAUUGGAGAGCCACAGAAAGUCUGGGUGGGGAUAAAAGGGGAGGGCUUGCAAAGGCUGCAGACAAGAGAGCUGUUUUUUGAUAUACUAUCAAUGAAAACAUGCAUAAUAAAUGCAUGCAUGUUUUCAUUGAGGGUAUAUCUACUCAAUAAUUAUUUAUUUUAUUAAAUGUAUUUUAUUUGUGUAGUGGAUUGUCCCUUUAAUAGCUAAAAAAUGCCUAGCUGUUCACCCAUUGGGAGAUAUCACUGUUGGUGCUAUUACAGAUGACACUGAGCAAUCCUUACAGGAAGGAAGCUUGACCAUUGAUGCACUGUAAUAUGAUGGCUUUCAAAGGCUCUAUUGCCACAAACUGGAAAACAUCUAAGGUUGGUUUAUGGCCACAAAUUAAAGAACGGGUCAAAUAUCAGUGUAAAAUGGAAAGCGAAAUUGCCUCUAAUUUUUGUGUCAAUCAAGAAAAAUGUUGCAUAUGGGAUAAUUGGAUAACGGUCUUAGAUGCGAAGUCAUAAAUGGGUUGAGUCAUUGUUGAGAGCUGAGACCCAGAGCAGAAUUUAGUUCAAUUUAUAAAGGUCCUCUCCCCCCAUCUUUACACGGCCCAGCCUUUUUAUAUUGCCCUAAGGUAAUUUAGGUACUGUAACUAUCUUCACAUUGUAUGUAUUUAUGUAUGUCUAAAAUAUGCAUGUAAGUUUGAUAUAUCUUAUGACGAUAAUGAAUAAUGUAUUUCUAUAUGCCUUGAAAAUCAAUAAAAAUAAAAAAAAAAAAAAAAAAUAGGAAAGCUAUAAAACAGCCAAUCACAAUGCUGGCAAGGCCCAUUCAGAACCAUACCAGGAAUAUAAAUGCUUAUGAUUCUCCUUCUACUGGACUCAACAGUUUAGUUUUGUUUUUUCUUCACAAUAUAUGUAUUUAUUUUAUUGUGCUGCAGACUUUAGGGAUUUUUACUUCAAUGGGCAGAAAAUUAGCAUUUCAAUGGUUCUCAUUACAACAUUGACUAUAAUAAAUAUAGAAAUAAAAUUUCAGGAUCUUUUAUUAUUUGUAUAUUUGUAAAUGUGAUUGGAUUGUUCUAUGCUAUAUACAAACUUGGUUAACGUGAGUGUGGGAAGGGAUAUUUUUAACUUUGAGGUUUAGGUUUCAUAAUUGAUUUGCUGAUGGGAAAUUGUGGACUCCUGGCCACACAGACACAUUUGGGACAUGCCCUUUUGUGCCUUAGGUAUCAGGCGGGCUUGUGGGAACCCAAGAUCAUCAUACAAACCAAACGAGGUGUUUCUUCUCAUUGGAGUAUAGGAGGUAAAAUAAAACCAGCAGGUGUACACAGGACUCUCAAAAAGAUUCAAGUCAUGCAUUUUAGGACCAUCUCCCUCUUAUUUGGAAUAAUUUCUGAUGCAGCACACUAUAAAGACACUAACAUUUAUACCUGUUCAGGGUUAAGUCAUACCUUCUGCCUAGGGAGUUGGGUCAUUUAUGAUACAACUUGCAUCAAUUUUGAUGUGGCUUACCCCAAAAGUUAGUCACACUUUUUGUGGCAUCCUUGGUGACAUGAAACUAACAUCUAUCCAUCCAUGUAACUUCUGGCACAUGGGAACGAUGAGGACCAAUGAUGUUAAGCUUUAAGCUAUUUAAACCCCUCCUGCCAAUGCCUGGGUGCCCUCUUGAAGCUCUUGCUUACCCAAUAGUGCGUUUCCAUGCUAUUGUGAUUAUUUGGUUAUGACCUUGGCUUGUUAACUGAUUAUCUCUGUGCUUCUAACCUUUUGGCUUGUUUUCCUGUUUAUCCUGUUUACUCCUGGCCUUGACCUUGUUCUGUGACUAUUCUCUCGGUUAUGUCUGGCCUUUCUAAGGACACGUAAUACCGGAUGUCCUUGCUGUCUGGACCUGUUACUUUGUGGCUUGAGUGUUCGAGUCCUUAGCUUCCAUCACCAUUCCACUUGAAAAUAAACCCAAUAAUUCACAAAGAAAGGAGAAAAGCCAUGGAGGCCUUUAUAGCCUAAUUUUUCAUGCUACAUCAGUUUGGCGGGAUAUUAAUUUUAAAUUAUAUUUUUUGGUUUAUAUGCAUAUCAUUAUCAACAGUCCAUACAUCCCACAAAGUCCCAUAUUUCCAUCAGGAUUGCAGUUGCCCAAUAAUUCCUUAGUUACAUUAAUUUUCUUCUCAUUUUUUUUAGGCAUUUAUUAAUACGAGAAAAUGAUGUGUACAACAAGCCCAGUCGCCCGAGGACCUGGGCUCUCGGACAUGCAUCAAUACAGUCAAUGGUUGGCCAUUAGACACGAGGCAGAUUUGUUGCCCAUGAAGGAGGACAUUGCUCUUUGGUUAACCAAUAUCCUUGGUAAGUGAAUCCUACUUUUCCAUCCUCACAGUUCUCAAAUCCAUCCGAUACUGAUAAAGAAAAUAAGAAAAUUCUCAGAAUGCAAGGAAGUAUGCUUUAAAGGACAAAGGUCAUCACAUGUUUACUUGUCCUUUUCUAAAGUGUAUUACAUUUAUUGUAAUGUAUAAUAAAGGAACACUAUAGGGUUGGGAACACAAACAUGUAUUCCUGACCUUAUAGUGUUAAAAACACCAUCAAGUCAUCCCCUUCCUCCCCACUUGUACCCCUAAAAAUAGAAUGUAAAAACGUUUAUUCCAAUCUGUUCCUGCUGGCUCUAUCCCUGAUCUGCCUGCUUGGCUGACAUCAUCAGAAGUUUUGAUCUCAGCCAAUCACAAUGCUUUCCUAUAGGAUUGGCUGAAUCAAUGCAUCUUUAUGAGGACAGUUCACUUCCUAGUGGAUACACUAAAUAUCAGCACGGCCCAAGCAAGCAUCUCUAGUAGCCAUAUGAGGAGUGGCCAUUGGAGGUGUCCCUAGACUGUAAUUUUUUUUUUCCUUGAAAAAACAGUGUUUACUGCAAAAGGCUUGAAGGGAAUGAUUAUACUCACCAGAAUGAAUACAAUAAGCUGUGGUUGUCCUGGUGACUAUAGUGUCCCUUUAAUUUUUAUUUUUUUUAAAUUUCAUUUAUUUAUCUGUCCGAGCAGCCAUGUUGAUUCAGACUCUAUUGUUUUCUGACGAACUGCUGUUCAACCUAGCUUGCUAUAAAAAAAAUAAUAAGUUGCAUUAAAUGUAAUCACCUUUUAAAAAAAUAAGUAGUGAAAAUUUGAUGACAUUUGUUUAAGCCUGACAAAGCUGUAGAAUGUACAUAAAUGGAUCUGUGUUUCUCAGAUUGCCCAGUAGGGGGCGGAUGGAAGGAAUUCAAUGGAGGUGCAUUGCCUUAGCCCAAGUAAGGCAAUAAAGGCAGAUUUUGGUGAUUCCAAAGGGUGGAUUAUUGGUGGAGAUGGUAUGUAGAGUGGGGGAGAAUUUGUGGUGUGGUGCAGGCGAACGUACAUGAGCAUAGCAUGGCUAUAAAUAGUAACUGAUCUCUCUUUAAACCAUUGCAGAUUUCUGAGUCUCCAAUGGAUAAAGCGAUGCAUUAUCUCGUCUCACUAACUGGAAAAUUGCAUGUUUAUUUUUUUUCUGGUUGUAGAAUGGGUUUAUUGUUUCCUUGUUUCAUUUUCAAUCAUGGGACUAAUGCAGUAAAUUCUCUUCUGAUGGUUAAAUAGUAAUAGUAAGAGAAAUAGACUUUGUGUGUCAGAACCAAUGCAGCCCGCUGUAGUGGUUAUGAUGCCAGGAGUUCACUGGCCCCAUUUUCCUAUAAUAAAGCAAAGGGUAUUGCAAUAGUUUGCCACUUUAGCUGGUCCAAUCAUCCGGCUGGUCUCCCUUAAGGCUAUUUAGGUAAUUUUAGGGGCCAUCAAUUGACUGCUCUCAGGUAAUGAUUGAAAGUUUGUGCAUAGGUAUAUGCACAGAAUUGACAUUAGCCUGUAACUUGUGUUCCGGGCUGGCUGAUGGUAUUCCAGUGAUGCUACCAGGGGUGGAGUUCCACCUCCACUAGCAGCAGAGGGGUUAAUUUCCAAAUGUGCAGAGUGUAUUUCUCAGUGAAAUGCUGCAUUUACAGACUCCAGGCACCAUGUCCACUUCAAACCACUGAAAUGGUCAUGGUGCUUGAAGUAACCCUUUAGUGCCAUCCUUGAAUGUUUAAUUUGGUUCCCUAUAGUACAUUUAGGAAUACCCCAGUAAAAUGUCAGCCCUAACCUGAGUUUUAGAUAUACAUAGUCAUACCACCUACAUCUAGAAAUUAAAGGACAACAGUCAGUUCUCUGGAAUUUAUAUAUUAAAAACUCACCUAUAACGCAUGCUAAUCUUUUUUCUAUGUGAUGCCUAGGUUUUUGAUUCUUUUAUUUGCAUGAAUGAUUUAGCAAUUGAUUUCACAACCCAGUUCAGUCCUGGCACAGCCAAGGCACGCAAUGCAUUGAAGGAGGAGAAACGGAAGCAGUGGAGGGGGGCGGUGGGGGGGUUAAUCAAAGUCUCACUGAAUAAUAUGCACCUUUUUGGUAUUUUUUUUCCCCAAUAUUUAUUACGUGAUUAUUUAUUAUUUCCAACUAUUCUGUAAUUUUUUUGCUUUGCCUUUGUAUAGAUCAUUUCAUUUCUUAAUACCAACACUGUUCUUGCACCAGAAAAGAAUUAUAUAUUGGAAAGAAUUAAAAAAACAAAAAAAGAGAGAGAGAGAGAGAGAGAAUUAUAUAUUGGCAUUUUUUAUACCACUUUCAUUUUGGUCUACAUAGUGAAGUAGAUUAUUCACACGGUACUCUCAAUUAAUGGGACUUAAAGGACCACUAUAGGCACCCAGACCACUUCAGCUUAAUGAAGUGGUCUGGGUGCCAGGUCCAUCUAGGAUUAACCCUUUCUUCUAUAAACAUAGCAGUUUCAGAGAAACUGCUAUGUUUACAAAUGGGUUAAUCCAGCCUCUAGUGACUGUCUCAUUGACAGCCGCUAGAGUCGCUUCCGCGCUUCUCACUGAGAUUUUCAGCCCGGCAGACCCAGGCAGACCCAGGGGGUGUGGGGGACUAUAGUGGUCCUUUAAUUAUGAAGGUGUAAAAAUCUGUCGGAAUCUAUAAAGUUAGAGGGCACUUUUUAGACUACUUUUAGAACACUAGUAAAUAGAAACAGACAUCAAAAAAAUAUGUUUUUCAUAACACUUUGGUAAAUCUUCCUCUUUUCAUCUGCUUCUCCUCCCUCUAUGCUAACUUACAGGAGCAACUAGUUCUAUAUUCAAAAAAAAACUUCAAUCACUGUCAGUUGUAUCCAGCCACCAGUGAAUUUACAUUGUUUCAACCAUAUGUGCUGGGGAGCUCAGGCAAAUACUAUGCACAUCCUCCAAAGACAGUUAGGGCUACCAAGCAAUUCCACUCAUCAGAUCUAAUGAUUGGAACUGCAGCUGGGGGCUCAUCUAGCCUAUACAUAAUCAGGGAGAUCCCCUCUGCUGCUUGCCUAUGAUGAUCCAGUAGCAGUAACACCAGAAUCUUAAAGAUUUAUUAUGUAUUUAUUUAUAUAUUUAUUUAUUUAAUGCAUAUUUUUAAAUAAUAAUUAUAAUCGGUAUUAUACAAUAAAAAAAAAAUGGACACUUCCAGCAGGGACUAUCUCUUUAAAUAUUGCAUUUACCAAUUCUUUAGAUUUAUAUAUGUCUGUAUUGAAGAGUUUGCAGAACUGUGUUGUUGUUGUCGAUAAAAUGUGUUAUGUGUGUUCUGGGUUUUUUAGGCGCUGGAAACAUGCGCCUCGCUUUGUGCACAAACGUACUCUUUUUUUGUUCAUCGUUACUAAUCUUUAAGGUCCUUAAUGCAUUUUCCAUUUAAUUGAAAAAAAAAAGACUGGUUUUUGUGCAGCCCUGAGCAUUUGCUUCAUUUGAAUCAAUAUUACUGAACUGUAAAACAUGUCAGGGGCUCUGUUUUAGCAAAGAAAUACCACCUUUCGCAGCCAUAAAAUAUGGCAAAUUGAAAGCUGACACCUAAUAUAUUUUUCAUUGGAUGCAGAUGUUCACCGUACUACAGUCAUUCAUUCUUAAAGUGUUAUUGGUUGGGGGGUGCAGGGUACAAGGAGCAGAGUUAAACUGGCAGACAGUAAGAAAACUAUAUGUGUAUAUUUAUAUAUAUAUAUAUAUAUAUAUAUAUAUAUAUAUAUAUAUAGAGAGAGAGAGAUAGAGAGAGAGAGAGAGAGAGAGAGAGAGAGAGAGAGAGAGAGAGAGAGAGAGAGAGAGAGAGAGAGAGAGAGAGAGAGAGAGAGAAGGAGAGAGAGAGAGAGAGAGAGAGAGAGAGAGAUGUGUGCAGAGGAGAAAUGAUUCUGCUAUACGUGGUAAAGAGAAGAAAUUCUAUGCAUAUAAUAAAAAUGUUGCAAGUAUAACAGCAUAUAUUUCAUAGCAAACACACACACAAAAAUCCAGUUUAGUUUUUUUUUAUAUUGUUGUUUAAAUAUUUACGUGUUGUAGGUUGUUAGAGGAGUGCAGGUACGUAAGGGGUUAAGAGGUAGGAACGAAGUGCUAGAAUAGAGUAGGAAGCUCAGUUUUCAGGGUAUCGCUGUUACAAUGCUCAGUUCAGGAUAUGAUGGAAAUAUCUUUUAUUUUUCUCCAGAGAGCAAUAUUACGAAUUCACAAUAUAUAUGUAUUUAUCACAUGUUCAGAGCCGGUCACCCGGCCCAUUCAGUUGUGCACGGUUGAAAAGAAAAUAGGCAGCUUAAUGUACAUUAGCUUAUUGCACGGUGAGAAAACUGGCUGAACCAUCUUCCCCAAAAAUAAUGUUGGGACACACAAAUUUAAUCUGAAUGUAGCUGGGUAUUAAAUAUUGACUGCACGAGUAACUGAGCUGUUACAAGGUUUGAAAGUGUCUUCCAUAAACAAUCUAGCAACAAAGGAAGUCACCUAGGAAGCCCCCUAUUUCCAUACUCCUGUGUGAUCGGGUAUGAGUUAAUCCAGGAGAUAUAUAUCAAUACCUACCUCCAUAAACCAUCUAGUAACAAAGGAAGUCACCUAGGAAGCCCACUAUUUCCAUACUCGUUUGAUCAGGUAUGAGUUAAUCCAGGAGAUAUAUAUCGAUACCUACCUCCAUAAACCAUCUAGUAACAAAGGAAGUCACCUAGGAAGCCCCCUAUUUCCAUACUCCUGUGUGAUCGGGUAUGAGUUAAUCCAGUAGAUAUAUAUCGAUACCUACCUCCAUAAACCAUCUAUUAACACAGGAAGUCACCUAGGAAUCCCCUAUUUCCAUACUCCUGUGUGAUUGGGUAUGAGUUGAUCCAGGAGAUAUAUAUCGAUACCUACCUCUCUUGCAUCCCUUGCACUGAAGGAUGUGGGUAUAAUACAUGUGGGAGCCACUGGACCCCCUAUCAACCAGGUGGGACAUGCUCUAUGGCAUGGCUUAAAAUUUCACGUCUUGCAUUGCUAUCCCGGCCUUAAAAGUUACUCCAUAUAUUGUAAAAAAUGCUAAUUACUGUUGAUAGGGAACAUUAUAUGUGCCAUAUUUAACUCCCAAGUGCCUCUCAAGUGAAAGCCACAUCAACUGCCAUGCAGUGAUUCAGUUAUUGUUUUAUCGGACUUUGACGUGGUCCAGCCUCUAGUUCAACCAUAAGUCAGAAAUAGAUACAAUGUCCCUUAAUCAAAAAUGUAUACUGUUCCAAAUCUUUAAAAAACAUUCUUCUUUUAUUUCACUUAAUUAAAAAAUGUAAAUGUUCACACAAUAAAAACAGUAUACCGGCUUAAAGCUGUACCAACAGUGAUGUCAACAGUGGCAUCAACCGCUGGUGGUCCAGUGGCCAUGGGGCAGGUAAAGGUGAGAUUUAUUUACCUGAACCUGUACCUUACGGUGCGGCCAUCUUCCUCCAGCUGAUCCUCUAGAGCUCCUGGCACUGAGCCGACGUCAAUGCUGUAGAUUCUCACACAUGCGCUAGAGUGCAACAUUGAGGACUAUGGACCUCAUAGACGGCGGGAUCCUCCAUAGACAGAACCAAUUCCCUGCAGCCAUCAUUGAUGAUGGCUGUCAGGAUUGACUUUGUAGCUCCAACCAAUGAAAGUCAGACAUAGGGUAUACAUAGAGACAAAAUAGUCCCUACUUUGUCUCUGUAUACCUCUUGACUGGGUUGAAAUUUCAGUGAGUGAGAUAAUUGAUGGGGGAAAAAAGAUGAUUGAUGGCUAGGGGACAGUCACUAAAUGCUGAUCUUAGUACACAUCAAGUGAGAAGUGAGCAAUGGAGGGGAAAAAAGGAAGGAGAAGUAAAACAAUCUACAUUUCUAUAUUAUAUGUUUAAUAAAUAUAUAUAGAUUUACUAUUCUUACUGCUCGUUCGGUUUUUCAUUCUAUUGGUUACUUUUGACCAAAUGGCAGUAACAUGCCCCUAUUAGUGCAAAAUACAUAAUAUUAUAUAAUCCAUAUGCAGGUAUAUUGCAGCACACUGAUUGGCCAAUUUUCAUACCCUUUUUUGUUUAUCUGAUUGGGUUCUCGGUGUCGAGUUGACAUAUGGCUGAAAUCCCAUUGUUCUGAUGAUAGUUCAGCCGAGACAAAUUUUCUCACCACUCACAAAGCUUGUGUUUACUUUUCCCCUACAUUUUGAAAACAUAUUUGUGAGGUGUGUAAAAAAAAAUUAAAUGCAGAAAUCCCUUUAUCCAUCAAAGGGGUACCUCUAUCUUAGCUACUCGUCAAUCAUUGUUAUUCGGCCUGUGCUUUGCUCCUGGCAGCCAUUCAAUAUAGAGAGAGUAUACAGAGAGGAGGAGAAAUUAAACAUUGUUUCUAUUUUCACCUGUUCAUUUGCAAUUUAUGCCAUGACUUUGCCUGGAUUGAACUAGAUUGUGAUGUCAUUUUCUAAAUCUUAAUAUAAUAAUUAUGAGAUAAUAUAAAAUAAAAAGCAAAUGAAGAAUCACAUGGAAAAUGGUUAACACAAGUUAUAGACGAUUGUGAAUAUUUGAUUCAAUGGGGUAAUUUGCAGAGAAAUGUCAGUUCCCUUUUAAGCUCAUUCAAACUCCAUUGAAAUGUACUUAUCACUGUCACUAAGCUAAUUGUUACAUCAGUAGAAAUGAAAAAAAAACAAUUGUUUGGGAGGUGAUAAUAUAAAGAGCUAGGUAUUCUCGUGUAAUUGAAAUAUCUCUAAAAGGAUUAUGGUAAACUGCAAAGUAUCAAUAUCUCACAACUAAGCAUCUGACAGAAUCCAGAUAUUAUCAGUAUUGAUCGGAACCGUCUGUAUAAAAUGUCAUCAACAGCUUCCAGUGAUUUAUAACAUUGAAAAGAAGAGUGACAAUGAACAAAACCGAGCUCUGUUAGAUCUUUUACCCAGUCAAACACAGUUAGGAAACAUGAAAAUAGCAGGUUCUAUGCUUCUCUAUGGUAUUAUCUAAUAGACGACACUAUUAAUGAUGUUUAUUUACUAAAUACUGAAUUUUCGUGGAUUGCAAAAUAAAGGCUAAAAUUUAUUCUAAAAGCUAUAUUUAUAGCUGUGUUGGAGUAUUUUUCCAAAUCAGUACUUUUUGCCUAAAUUUUACAAUUUGGUUUUCAUGUAACUAUUCUCUAAUUAUUAGCAAAACUCCUCUCCUGAUGCCUAAACCUGUAUUACUAAAGCUCUAAUGUCCCUAUUAAAAUAUAGGUUUCCCCUCCCCUUUGUGAUCAAAAUGAAUAUAAUAUUUGAUUUAUUUACCUAUUUACCUUUUCCGCUUCUGGCUUUUCCACAUCUUGUGACAUCAUGGAAGAGGCAGGCUCUCCACCAGCGUUAUCCAAUAUCGAGCACGGUGCACACAUUUAAACUUCCCCAUAGAAAAGUAUUGAAUCAAUGCAUUAACAAGGGAGUUUCUGCAUCACAUGAUUGAGUUUUACUGACAAACACUAGAGGAAGAUUUAUUUAACCCUGCAUUGUAAAGAGUUUCUAAAAAACUGCAAGGUUAAAGCAAAAAGACCACUGCCCCUAGACCACGUCAUUGAGAUGAAUUGGCAUGGGUGACUUUAGUGGUUCUUUAAGGUUCUUAGAAUAUCCUGUACUAAAAGUAAAUUGACAAUCUACAUGAAAUUAUAGAGUCCAAAUAAUCACAAAGUAAAUGCUGAUUAUUCCAAGUAAUUCAAUCUCUAAAACGGUAAGCACUAUAGAAUGACAUAUAAUACAGUUCUGUACAGAGUGCUUAUAAACUCACAGUUACAGUAUCUAUACCAGGACGAAGUCACUCAUUUCAUUAAACACUCUAAGCUUCCAAUACAACUGUUCAGCAUACCAAAUUACUGGAAGAUAAUGGGAGUAAUCAAAAUGCUGGAUCUUUAAAAUUGCACGUACGAUGAUAUAAAUGAAUUAGAAAUGCAUAGAAUUGACAUUGGGUUGGCAUUACACCUCUCGGUGAUGUUGAUACAUCCUUACUGGCUCAAAUUACAUAAUGUAGUUUAGAAUAUGAUGUGAGUUUGUGUCUACAAAUGAGGUUUAGAAUAUGAUGUGAGUUGGUGUCUACGGAUGGUGUUUAGAAUAGGAUGUGAGUUGGUGUCUAUGGAUGGUGUUUAGAGUAUGAUGUGAGUUGGUGUCUACGGAUGGUGUUUAGAAUAUGAUGCGAGUUGGUGUCUACAAAUGAGGUUUAGAAUAUGAUGGGAGUUUGUGUCUCCGAAUGCGGUUUAGAAUAUGAUGUGAGUCGGUGUCUAUGGAGGGGUUUGCUGUGAUAGGUAUGUUUUCAUUUACAUUACUUCACAGAGGUGCUGCUCUUCCCUUCUUUGGCUGCUAGAAUACAGCCCUGUACACAAUAAGCCCUAUGGCUCCUGUACAAUAAGAGAAGGGGAAAGGGACAGCUUUUACAGUCCUUGUGUCUGGUGCACAGGAACUCAAUAGAGUUCUGUUGGAAAAAUUUACUUCUCUACCUAUUGAACAUCAGCACUGGAGUAAGGGUUUAUUGCCUAGAUUCCUCUUUGCAAAAUGUAAUUUUUCUUGUGAAUACACAGGGUCAUAAAAAAAAUAAGGCAGGAUUAAGUAGGAAUAAACUAUGUAUCUACAUAUUUCAGUUGCAGAUAUUGUUGGUAUGUUUGAAUUAACGCUUGGAUGUAAUUAAAAAGGUGCAUAUUUUCUAUUAGUGAUCUUUCUGCAUCUUUUCUGGACUCCUGGACAGUAAGGAUUGGAGUGAUUUAUAAGAUUAGCAAUACAUGACCGAUACAGUUGCUGGUUAUUGGGUGGGUUUUGAUUAAUUUACUUCCUAUUUGUAUGCAUUAUAUUUUAUUAUAUCUGUGUAUUUCUUUAUAUAUGUGGAGGUAGAGUUGUGACUUCACGCUAUCUAUAGCAAGAGGUUUAUUUAUUUUUAGUAUUGUUAUUAUUUAAGGUUUCGUCACUAAAUAGUGAAUUGUAGCAAAAUACAGGCUAAAACAUUUACAGGGAAUCUUUAGUGCCAAGAAAACAAAGUUGUUUUGCUGGCACUACAGCUCCCUAUAGAGCCCUCCACAGUUGAGGCCACACCAUCCAUGUGUGGUUAAAAACACCUUCUGUAACUUACCUGAUGUCAGUCCCUCAACGCUGGUUCCUGCUCCGCCUCCACUUCUCCCCCUCCACCUAGAAGUCCCUCUAUCGGCUGUAAUCAAAACCUGCAAUAAUUACAAUUGCAGGUUUAAGGGGCCUGGGACACUGUACCCAGACCACUUUCAUGAGCCGAAGUGGUCUGGUGCCUAUAGUGUCCAUUUAAGCAGUAACUGAGAAUUUUUUUAGCUUAGCUAUUUUGGCCUGAUGUUUGCAAUUAGAUUUUCAAUUUGAACCAAUUCACUGUUUAAUGAACAAACAGAAGUUCCACGAAGCCCUGUAACAUGGGUUAAUUAAUGGACAAUAUAAUUUAACUCUAUAGUAAAAAAAAAGAAAAAGCCACACACACAAACUCUAGUCUAAUACUGCAAGUAUUAUGUGUAAUCAUUUAUUGAAUGAAUACGUUUACAGUGAGGGAAAAAGGUAUUUGAUCCCCUGCUGAUUUUGAACGUGUGCCCACUGACAAAGAAAUGAUCAGUCAGUCUAUAAUUUUAAUGGUAGGUGUAUUUUAACAGUGAGGGCAGAAUAACAAAAAAUAAAUAAAAAAAAUCCAGAAAAACCCAUGUCAAAAAAGUUAUAAAUCAGCAAGAUUUCUGUCUCCCAUGUGUCUUUUAUACAGGUAACGAGCUGAGAUUAGAAGCACUAACUUAAAGGGAGUGCUCCUAAUCUCAGCUUGUUACCUGUAUAAAAGACACCUGUCCAUAGAAGCAAUCAAUCAGAUUCCAAACUCUCCACCAUGGCCAAGACCAAAGAGCUGUCCAAGGAUGUCAGGGACAAGAUUGUAGACCUACACAAGGCUGGAAUGGGCUACAAAACCAUCGCCAAGCAGCUUGGUGAGAUUAUUCGCAAAUGGAAGAAACACAAAAUAACUGUCAGUCUCCCUCCGUCUGGUGCUCCAUGCAAGAUCUCACUUUGUGGAGUUUCAAUGAUCAUGAGAACGGUGAGGAAUCAGCCCAGAACUACACAGGAGGAUCUUGUUAAUGGCCUCAAGGCAGCUGGGACCAUAGUCACCAAGAAAACAAUUGGUAACACACUACGCCGUGAAGAACUGAAAUCCUGCAGCUCCCACAAGGUCCCCCUGCUCAAGAAAGCACAUGUACAGACCCGUCUGAAGUUUGCCAAUGAACAUCUGAAUGAUUCAGAGGAGAACUGGGUGAGAGUGUUGUGGUCAGAUGAGACCAAAAUCGAGUUCUUUGGCAUCAACUCAACUCGCCAUGUUUGGAGGAGGAGGAAUGCUGUCUAUGAUCCCAAGAACAAAAUCCCCACCGUCAAACAUGGAGGUGGAAACAUUAUGCUUUGGGGGUGUUUUUCUGCUAAGGUGACAGGACAACUGCACCGCAUCAAAGGGACAAUGGACAGGGCCAUGUACCUUCAAAUCUUGGGUAAGAACCUCCUUCCCUCAGCUAGGGCGUUGAAAAUGGGUCCUGAAUGGGUAUUCCAGCAUGACAAUGACCCAAAACACACAACCAAGGAAAUAAAGGAGUGGCUCAAGAAGAAACACAUUAAGGUCUGGAGUGGCCUAGCCAGUCUCCAGACCUUAAUCCCAUAGAAAAUAUAUGGAGAGAGCUGAAGUUUGCCAAAUGUCAGCCUCAAAACCUUAAUGACUUGGAGAGGAUCUUCAAAGAGGAGUGGGACAAAAUCCCUCCUGAGUUGUGUGCAAACCUGGUGGCAAAUUACAAGAAACGUCUGACCUCUGUCAUUGUCAACCAGGUACCAAGUACUAAGUCAAAGGGGUCAAAUACUUAUUUUCACUCAUUGACAUGCAAAUCAAUUUAUACGUUUUUUGACAUGCGUUUUUCUGUAUUUUUUUGUUUUGUUUUCCUGUCUUUCACUGUAAAAAUACACGUACCAAUAAAAUUAAACACUGAUCAUUUCUUUGUCAGGGGGGAAAAGUUCAAAAUCAGCAGGGUAUCAAAUACUUUUUUCCCUCACUGUAUAUCUUAUGUUGAAGACGCUAUUCACUGUAUUUCCCUGUACAAAUCUUUUUUUAUUUCUCCGGCAGGAAAGGAGAUCACUGCAGAGACAUUCAUGGAGAAGCUGGAUAAUGGAGCACUGCUUUGCCAACUAGCAGAAUCUCUGCAGGAUAAAUUUAGGGAAAAAAACUCUGAUAUUAGGAAUCCAGACAAGGUGAGCUGGGGCACUGUCUGCCAAGAGACUUACUUCCAGUAAUUACAUACUGCUGAACUGAAGACGAAACACACUGAGCGAUUGCACUAUCCAAAUAACUUCAGCUAUAAAGAUAUAUAUAUACAAAGGGGUUUAUUCAAUAAACUAGGUCUGGGGGUAGACAUGGUAACUGCAAAUUAUUAGCCAUGAGUUGGGAGAAUUUGAGCUAUUUUGGCUAAAAUAUUGCAAUCCACUUGAUUUUAUUCCCUAUAUUUUGGGCCAAAUUUAGGAUUGCUAUAUCCACCUUGUCCUGGAUACAAAUCAAAUGAAGUUGUUAUUGGGCAAGGAGGUCCUUCGACAUGAAUUUACCUUAAGGCUGUAAACUGUUAACGAAUGUUUUAAACUCAAAGUGUUGAAUCUGGGGCCUGAUCGCUCCACCCAGCAACAUCUGCCGCAAUCCGAGGCUUGAAAUCAGGAAGCAUACGCUGAGAGCGUCCGUUAUGGUGCCGGGAGUGUUCCUUUAAAUAUGCUGCUUAUAGCAUGUAUAAUUCAUAUGCUGCAGGUAGGAAAUUAUGUGAAUAGUUCAUCAGGAAGACUGCAGCAUAUGUAUUCUACAGACAGCAAAAUAGCCCUUUUUACGCUCUGUCCACUAAUGUAAUUUGAUGAUAGUUCAAAUUGCAGCAAAUUAAAAUAUAAAUGGCAAAACAUGGGCAAAAAUAGCUGGUGUGGACAAAAUUACCAACAACCUGGCAAUAUUAGCCUGAAUUUUGCCGUUAGGAAUUCAAUUAGCUGCAAUUCAGUAUUUAGUAAAUAGCCCCCUCCAGAGUGAGUUGCAAGGAAACAGAAUAACACAUUACUGGGUUGAUAGUUUUUUUCUUUAGAAGUUUGUCUUUGAAGCCCCACUAAGUCUAAUAUUUGCACAUACACGUAAACAAGGCAUGUCUGGACCCCACCUGUUUGAACUGGCACUGUGCCAUUCACUGAAGGUACGGCAGACAAAUUCUGAUGCUGGCGCAUAAAAUGUAUCAGAGUAAAUUAUAGACCUGACUGCAGUCAUGUGUUAGAGGUGAUGCUCAAAUGACGCAAAUGGAUUUCAUUUGAUUUCCUCUAAAUUGGCAAUUCUCUAUCAGCAAGGCAUUAACUAAUAAAGUGAAAUAAAAGACAUUAAAUAAUUACUGCUUUUUUUUUGUGGUUUGCUCCAGUAGUAAAUUAUCGAUCAAAUUACCACUUGUUAGUACAUUUUAAUAUAAACACAUUUAUUAAAGGGACACUCCAAACAACUAAAGUAAUUUGGCCUUGAUUUAAUAUUGUAGGAUAAGCUUUUCAAAUGAUUUACUAUUUAGAGUAUAUUGAUAUAUGUUUUAUACAUGAUUUUUGUUUUUGUUUUUUAAUUCUUUAUUUUUGCAGUGCGUAUAGUGGUGACAGACAUACAUAUAUUACCCCAACGGCAUUCCAUAUGCUGGUUUCAAGACAUUAGUUACACUGGGGAGUAGAUAGACAAUGCACUAUUUUAUUUUAUUUAUUUUUUUAGAUAUUACGUAAAGAGAACAAGCUAAUAGGUGUCGCUUUAUGGUAUGACAUGCUAAGUUAAAAUUGCAUUUAACACAACUAGUUGCACAUCAGAUUGUAGUUUUAUUGUAUUUUACAGGUUAGACAAGAAAUAUUAAAGACAUAGUUGUGUUCCAUGCUUGAGGAGUGGAACGAGUAUGCUUCCAUAUGCUGCCUGCUAUCUAUGAGUACAGGAGUCAAACUGACUAAUGCCACGUUGAAUUCCAUACUGCGUGCCAGCGGAUGGGUAAUCUAAGACAUAGAGGUCGCUUAUACAUGACACAGACUGGCAGUUAGACUAGCAGUUAGAGAAAAGACCUGCUUGAUUUUGCGGUAUAACAUGCUGUAGUAAGUGAAACCACCGUUGUUGAAACCGUCCACAUGCCUGUCGCAGUCCAUAGUGCUGCAGUGACAGUCUGUUUCAUGGUGCUUUGUCUGAGGCUGGGAUCAGCAUCCCGAAUGGGUGAUGAGGCAGUAGGGACCAUGCAUAGGGGUCUCGAAGUGUAAACAAGUGGCCUCUUCAAUUAGCCUUUCUCCAGACCCGACCUCGGGGAUCUAGGGUGGUUAAGACCCCCGUGGGUUCCGUUUGCCAUCUCUACUCUCCAGCUCAGGCCCUAGCCCUCUCUCCACGCGGUAUGAAGGCAGGUUCGUGUGCGUGCUUGUUAGGUAGGGGUGAUGCUCGGCAGACUGUUUCUGCCCGCAGGCAGGCGCGGCUGUGAUAUCUUGUACAGGUUGCAGUGCCGCCAUUUUGGUGGUCAGAUGCGUGGUGCACAGCUCCGGAUAGGCUUAGUGUUAGGCCUUUGUGGGUCAGAAUUUCCCUCUGGUGGGGACUGAGAUGACCCCCCCCGGUCCAUGGGGGGGGAAGCGAGGUCUGAGAGGCGCAUCGCAAGGCUGUUGCGUGGUAGCCAGGUUCCCAAACAGGACGGCGGCUGUCCGUCCUUCUCUCCACCCUCGUAGGCCACAGUCCCCAAAGUCUCAUUUCGCCCACAGGGGGCUCCGAGACUACCGAUCUCAGGGACCGCGAUGGCUCCAGCUUCUGCCCAGAUACUUGAGAUGGCUUUUGGUCACCAAGAUUACUGUAAGUUUUGUGCCGCAUGGGACCAAGUUUGUCAGGAGCCUCUCCGGCCUGCAACCGAUCAGCAUGGCGGUCAGGCCCCGCCCCCGACAUGAUAUAUGUUUUGAUGUUUUAAUAUGUUGAAAAAUUAAUUUGAAAAGGUUUUCCAGAAUAACAGUAAAUCAUUUGGAAAGCUUAUCUAACGAUAUGAAACCGAGGCCUUAGCUAGUUUGUGCGCUUUAUGUGUGAUGAGUGUGUCCUCUUUUUAUUUAAUUUUACAAAAGGCCUGAUUUCAAUAGAAAUGUUCACUUUCAUAAAUUAGCCUUGUUACACCCCCCGGCUGUCAAUAAGACAAUUGAUGAAGUUACUUCCUGGUUUAUUUAGAUCAGAUGAGCUAAACUGAAGAGGCAGCAAAAACAAGAAGAAAAGUCUACAAAACCAAACCACUUUUUAGGUUACACUCCCCCUAUUUUGCGUUUUCCAAUUUCUUCUGUAUUACGAGGCAUUAUCUUCUCUCUGCAAACAGAAGGGCUCUAAUCGAGUAUAAAAUCCCCACCACAUCUUGGUAGGUGAUAUGCUCACUUGGUUUGAGGUGACACAAUUCUGCCUUGAGCGAAAUGCGUAAGUCACAUUGUACCCUGCAAAGUCAACUGAGAACCGAAGAAACUCUCAAGGUACCCUAGUGGAUGGGAGAUUUGACAGCUUGCUAAUUUUUUAUUUUUAUGUUUGAAAUGUACCUAUAAAAUAAAGGAAUACAGCUGAAAGACAAGAUUACUAAUGCCUGCCUCAUGGACACGUUGACAUUUGGGGAACUGGCAUAUAUCACACUUUUCAACUAUGGGGCAGGUGUCUGUCCCUAAAUACAGUAAAAAAAUAUAUAUAGGGAGGUGCAACAGGUGGAGGUCAAUUCACUGCGCAAUUUGGGUCUCUCUCCUAUUUUCUCUAGAUAACUGCGUAAUUAACUAGGAGAUCCUUAGAUCCUUUAUAGGAACGCUUGUAUAUUUGGCGCUGUAUUUUAUGUCCCCAAACCAGGUGAGAAUUUCACCUACCAAGGUGUGGUGGUAGUUUUAUAACAUAUACUAAGUGAUUGGUGAUUGGACCCCUUUUUUUUUUUUUUGCAGACAUAAGCUAAUACCUAGCAACACAGAAGAAAUUGGAAAAGGGACUGUAGGGGAAUUGUCUCCUAAUCUGCAGUUUUCUUUUGUAGACAUUUCUUGUUUUUUUUGUUUUGUUUUUUAGAUAUUUCUUCUUAGAUCACUAGAUUGUAAUUCUCAUAGCGGUGCUUGAGAUAGAUUAUGUCGCAGUACUUUGUAUAUUUGCACUAACUCUAGUUAUAUAUUUGUGAAUUAAAAACUGCAGCCUAAAAUAUCCAAAUUAGAAAUAUUCUUCCACUAUGCCAUAUUUACAGUUGGCUACUUUGACCUAAAAUUAGAAAAUUCCUGUUCAGUUCCUGACAAUUCCCAGCAUUAUUGAAUAAUCUCAUGUGCAUUACAAAAUGUUAAUUAUUUAUCAAUGUUUUUACAUUCUCCUUUUCUAAUUUUCUGACUUCAGAAAUCUAAUUUAAUGAACUAAUUUGAAGGGGGAAAAAAAUAAACAUAUAAAACCAGUUAUUUCUACAUAUGAUUAAAAUAAGCCAGACUGACAGAUUCCUACAUCAUGACAUCAUAGUUUUCUCUCACACAUCUACUUCCCGUAUUAAACCACAUGAAUUGACAUCAAUGAACCUGGAGCAGAACACUCUGGGGGGUGAGGGGGAAGGGGAAGUUUCUCAUGAAAUCUGAAGCCUACCAGGGGAGAAGUAAGGUAUUUAAUAUAAUAUCAACACAGCUCCGACCCAAUGCAUGGAAAGCUAAUUAUCUGGGAGUGAUCAAGCUAUCACCUUCGCGAAGUCAAUCUGAGAGAUUCCUGGAUUUAAUGUAACACAUAUACGUUACGAAAUGUCAUCUGUAUCUACUCUUCGGAAACUGAAAAUGUUUAUUUAUAAAAUAUAUUUAAUCGUGGGACUGCCUAUUUUUUUCUGUAGAUUUCACGAUCUCACAUACUUUGAGACCUGUUCACAGAAGUCCAACUGUUUCAGUGAGUUGAAUAAAUCAGAUGAGGUCAUCAGUUAAGAUGGCUGCUUGCUUGGGGCCUUAUUUAUGGUCGUUCCGUUGAUUGUACGCAGCGUACGGCCAUCAGAGGGUAGAAUUUACAAUAUUAUCCUUUAAGAUAUAUGAACAGCAAAAGGUUUCUCUUACAUUUUGAUGUGUUACAUGCACGGUUCUAAAUACUGCUAAAAUAGAAUGUCUGGGUUUGUAGUUACAGAGUAUUCCAUCGAAGAGGAUACCGUGUAGAGUCAAUGCUCCAUCCGGCUCAUUCUUCGCCCGGGAUAACACAGCUAAUUUUUUAUCAUGGUGUCGGAGUAUUGGAGUCGGCGAAACAUGUUUGUUUGAAUCUGAAGGUCUGGGUAAGUGUGGUUAAUCCAUAAUACACUGCUUCUAUAUUGUUAAAUAUACUUUAGUUUUCUAGAGCAACCUAACCAAUGGUGCUUUUCCUUUUCUAUGAAUAUAUGUCUGUUCUGUAGAAUCACCUGUAUGAAGAUUUACUGUAUAGAAUAUUGGGAUUACUAUUAUUUUUGUUUCUUUUAUACUACAGUAAAAAUUUUUGUAUAUAUUAUAUAUUAAAUAUUUACUAUAUAAAUAUAAAUAUUUUUACUAUUCCUCCUGUUUUUUCCUCUAUUCGUUACUUUUUCUCACUUGAUUUAUGAACCGAAUAGUGGGAAAAUAAUCAUAGCUCGUGAUGACCAUGUUCAGCCUAUCAAAGUGCUCAUUGUUGGUAUGAAUUGGUAUGUCUAGAAGGAAGUGUGUAAUCUCUGCCUUAGCCACACAUCCAGUGGGGCCCAGGCUGUUGGAAGCCAGAAACCUUCAUCCAGUGUUGAAGUGCUCAAAAAUGGUUUAACACUGUAUGGAGAGACAGCGCCAGGGGACUCCAGGCACCAUAACCACUUCAAUGACAUGGAAUGUUUUAGCACUGAAUGGAGGGAUAUCACCAAGGGACUGCAGGCACUACGGCCACUUCAAUGAGCUGAAAUGGUAAAAGUGCCUACAGUGUACCUUUAAAAUAGCCAAAUGGGUUUAACCCCUUAAGGACCAAACUUCUGGAAUAAAAGGGAAUCAUGACAUGCCACACAUGUCAUGUGUCCUUAAGGGGUUAAAGCAGUUAUGAUUCUGGGAUUGUGCAUACAAUGAUAUUGUGAGGUGGUGGUUAUGUACAGAGGUGGUGGUGGUUGCAAAGACCUUUAACCGCUUAAGGACACAUGACAUGUGUGACAUGUCAUGAUUCUCUUUAAUUCCAGAAGUUUGGUCCUUGAGGGGUUAACCUGCAUUUUGAUCCUUUGGGAUAACAAAGAUCCAGUAGAUUUAGCGUCCCAAAGGAUCAAACUGCAUUUUACAGGUCUCUGUCAUAAGAAAUAGUCUAUACAGCAUCAUGUGGCCUGUUAAACGAUCUAUAGCUUGUGACGAUCACUUUAAAUCUGAUCAGUAGUUUUGGGAAAGUUUUUUUGAAAGAUAAAAAAAAUCUGAUUUCCAGCAAACCUUGGGCGUAUUGAACGCUGAGUGAACAUCGUCAUAGAGUUCAAAGUUUCUGUUCCCUACACAUUGCUAUAGGAACUCUCCAAACACCAUAACCACUACAGCAGUGUGCUAUGUUCCCUGCGGAAUCCUUAGUAUGAGCAGUGAGGAGUCGGCAGUGAUUGUCUGAAAGUGUUCACUGGCUUUCCAUUGGGGGCAAAUACAUCCUAGCUUUUACCUGUGAUGGGUGGCCACUCAUAGUCUGAAAGCGUCAGCUGAUGUACCUAUCUUACACCGUUUUCUACAUGGAGAGUUACAGAUUUUCUAAGAGCAUCAGCUGACACGGUCAGUCUUCCACCAGCGUCCAGUCUGAGGCUUUCUCAUUGAAGCAUCGGACAUCGCUGGAAGACAAGGGAACGUACCGAUCGGCAUCAAUCUAGCAAAUAGUUUAAGAUUUUAAUGUAAGACAUCACACAGGACCUCUAGGCACCACAACAACUUCAUUGACAUGUUGAGAGUUAGCCAAACUAUUUUAUUAUUAUUAUUAUUCAUUUAUAAAGCGUCACCACAUUCCGCAGCUCUGUCCAUGGUUACAAUUGGUACAAUUAUAACAACACAGUACAAUAUAACUAAGAGACAAUACAAAACAUGAAAAACUAAUCCAGGAGAAGAUGAAGGCCCCUAUUCGUGGUAACUUACAAUCUAGAUGGAUGGGGAAGGGACAAACACCUAACCAAAACACCUGUAACAUACCGACUAUUUGUAACACAUACAUUAUAAUUCACUGUAGAUAUUGAAAUACUGGUUAUCAUUACAAUGCAUGCAAAAUAUCACGCCAACACAAAGUUUGACAUUUUAAACAUAAUCUAAUGAUGUCAAAUGUAAACAUUGACAUUUUAAAAGGGUAUAGUAACAAUAAAUGCGACAUGAGCAUAGAUUUACAGUUUUAAAAAUAUGUAUUCAAGUUGGUUUUAAAUUUUUUGUUGUUUUUUUAAAACAUAUUUAAAAAGACACAAGGGUAGAGAAGAGCCUUCUAGGCCUUAUAUGCCCCUGAUAGAGCUGCAUGUGAUUGCUGUUUACUGUCCAUAAUUAUGUUAUAAAACCAAUAUAUUUCUGGUUUCUUCCAUAAAAGACUAAAUGACUGACGUUCCAAAAUAGAUCAUCUUGCCUUCUAGGUAGGAAUUCAGUUAAAGGACCUUUCUCUGUCACCUGUUGUGGGAUUUCUGUGUUUGCACGUCUGUCGUUAACGUGACACCAUCUUUCUUCAAGCACUGGGCAUUUCAUUGAUCGUGUCUGAUGUGCAUGCUUUUAUUAAACUGGCUCAAAGAUGCUUCCUGGACCACAUUUUAUGGAACUUCAAAACAUUUUACAAACCCAGGGUCUUCCCCAUACGUAAUGUUUACAUUUUCUCUAUUUAUUCAAUGUGUUAAAAACUCUCCAUUUGCAACCGAAUUCCCGAGAGGGUGUACUGCAAUAUUAUCUAUAUAGAAAUUCUUGUCGUUAAUGUUCCUUAUUCAAUGUAUAUUAAAUGAACGCUCCCAGCACCAUAAACACUGCAGUGGGCUGUAGUGGUUAUGGCACCAGACAUGUCCUGGUCCUUGUGCCCUCUCCUAUUAGAGUGGUCAAACCAUUUUCUAAUAGUUGGACUCUUACCAAAGUACAAGUCAAUUCCACCAAUUAGAGCCAAAGGGGCUGCAUGCAGCUACUGUUUCCUAUCCUGAGCUAAACCCUGCCGUGGAGGGUCAGCUCAUUGGCUGAGAGCGACUACUUACAUUGAAGAGGGCACCAGGGAACUCCAGGCACCAUAAUCACUACAACACACUGCAGUGUUUAUAGUACUUCAUGUGUUCCUUUAAAGACUUGAUCAAUGUUGAUCAAGACUUAUUGAUCAAUGUUAAAAAUAGCCCAUUUAAUAAUACAUGUAAAGGGAAACUGCUCUAAAUUUAAUUAUUAUUGAGAGUAAAAGAUUACAUGUAAUGUAGCCUUAUCUUUUCAGCUAUGUAAUUUCAUCAAUAAUACAUUUAAUAUAUCAUUCUUCAGGAAUAUCUUCUACUUUGGGGAGGUCAUCUUUUUGACUGCUAAGACUGUGCUGGUGUGAGUGGUUGAAACAGUAUUAGAGUGCAUUUCUGAAAUGCCUGGUACUUGUGCAUAAUGCCAGGAUACCACACUAGCUCUUAAAUAUUUGCGCAAUCUGAAACUGGAUAAGCUGCGCUUCUCACUAAAAGGGGGUUCAAGACCACCUCUACACAGUGUCAAGCUAUGCAUUGGAAAAUUGUAUUUACUUAUAGUUAUGGGUAUGCAUUCUGAAAUAAAUUGAGCAGUAGUUAUAAUACAUGUAAUCUCUUAUUUUAAAUAAUAAAGCAAAAUAAAAACCUGUGGUUUAUAAACAAAUUAUUUGGAGAUAAUCUGUGAAAACUCAUUAAAAUUGCAAAUUAUAAUAAAUCCAUCUGUUUUCAAUUUCAAGGGAAGCAACUUUCUCACCUCAAACUCAUAUAGUUGUGUUUUUAGUAUGUUAUAUAUGUUUUAUACAUCACUUGUGCAUCUCAUAUUCUCACACUUUGGGUAAACACCUCACAUACCUUUUAAUCCCAUCUCUCAUUGUGAUCAUCGAAUGUUAAAUUUCAUUCAAAGUCUUGUUCCACGUCUUGUCAUUCUGUAGUGCUUCACAAGCAACCCAGGGAAGUCUGUCUCUGCCUACUGGAACUGGGAAGGAUCUCGUCAAGGUAUGGAGCUAUAGCGUAUCCAAUAGUGGUUACAUUAUCUGAAUAUUUCACUCCUGGAAUUUCCUUUGAAAUAAAGGUUAAACCCAGCCGUGAAUGUCAUUAAAAGAAACAUCUUGAGGGCAGAUGCGAAAAUAAAUUCUACAUCAUUUGGAGCAUUUACCACUGAUUUACAUCCCCCUUGAUACAAUAAAAACAUUUCACAAUUUAAGUUAUAUAAUCUACUUAAAAGCAGGACAGUUUUCCUUGCUUAGUUAUUUUUUAGCUUUGUUUUAUUUUCACAAAUAAAAUAAACUGUAUACAAACAGAAAUUGUAAUUGCUAUAUAUAACUAAAUAUCUCAACUAGGAUAAUAUUAAAAUAACAACAAUGCCGCAUUUCGAGGAAAAAGUCCACCAGAAAGUUGUGGGGAGUCUUUAGUGAACAAAUAUGAACUCUCUCUCUCUCUCUUGGUCGUUUUGUCAUUUUAUCUGCAAUAAAGCAAGUAUCAAACAAAUAGAAAAUCAGUAGUACACAAAUUGCCUUUAUUGACAGGUAAAUGUCAUCAUCUGGGUCAUAUGUGGUCCUUCCAUAGUCCGUCCAGAGUGAAUAUGAUGAGGAAUUUGCAAGAGUGCAGUUCUUACCUCAGUGUUAUGCCCCUCUCAAAAACUAAAACAAUUCAAUGUUAUAAAAUAUUGCAAUACAUACCUCCUUUACAGGACCACUCUAGGCACCCAGACCACUUCAGCUUAAUGAAGUGGUCUGGGUGCCAGGUCCCUCUAGGAUUAACCCUUUUUUUUUAUAAACAUAACAUGUUUAUAAUAGGGUUAAUCCAGCCUCUAAAGCCUCUAGUGGCUGUCUCAUUGACGUUUGCGUGCUUCUCACUGUGAAAAGCAAUUAUGAAUGCUUUCCUAUGAGACCGGCUGAAUGCGCAUUCAGCCUAAGAGGAGGAUCGGAGGAGGAGAGGAGGAGUUCCCCGCCCGGCGCUGGAAAAAAGGUAAGUUUAACCCCUUUCCUCUCCCCAGAUCCCGGCGGGAGGGGGACCCUGAGGGUUGAGGCACCCUCAGGCCACUAUAGUGCCAGGAAAAUGAGUAUGUUUUCCUGGCACUAUAAUGGUCCUUUAACCUGUCCAGUUAACCCAGCAAUUCCUUGAAAUCAAACCCAAGAAAUAUAUUCUCUACUUUGGUAACUCAUUAAGUGAUCCAGUGUGUUCAAUAUAAAACUCAAAAUGCUCUACUGGAACCUAAAAAAGUAACUCACAUAAAAUGAGUGCAGUUUUGUUAUACGUUUAUGGUAUUUGCGCUGUUUGUCGUGGAGGUUCAUUUCUUUGAUUUUACUAGCUGAUAUAGAACUCUAAAGUAAAGAAUAAAAUAUGUAACUUUUUUUUUUUUUGCUGAAUAGAUUUGGAGUGGAACCACCUGGGCUAAUAAAGCUUGAAAAGGAGAUUGAACAAGAAGAAACACUUUCAGCACCGACCCCAUCUCCUUCUCCUUCUCCAACCAAAUCACCAGGGAGGAAAAGUACCGGGAAAUUGUUAGAUGAUGCGGUAUGGUGACAUAGUUCAAGAAGUAUACUGUAUUUUAUGUAUUUUAAUAUAUGUGGCUCUUCAGUGUCUGUAGUGUAAAAACAUCACAAUUUAAGGAAAUGAAACACAUUUCAGAAGGUGAUUAUUUGUUGUGGUUCUACAAAACAUUUACCCUUCUGUAAUUCAGCCAAAUAAUAUGUUCACUGUCUCACCGAUUGUAGAAAAAUUAAUAGUAAACAGAAAUCAUUGAACCCUGAAUAAAUCAUUGGCCCUAGCUUAUAUAUCGGGAGACUGGUCAUCCCUUGGUCAUUUUAUCUGGAGGUAGGAAACUGGUCAUACCAUGGUCAUUUUAUCUGAAGGUAGGAGACUGGUCGUACCCUGUUUUUCUUUUCCCGGUGGUAGGAGACUGGUCAUUCCAUGGUCAUUUUAUCUGAAGGUAGGAGACUGGUCGUACCCUGUUUUUCUUUUCCCGGUGGUAGGAGACUGGUCAUUCAAUGGUCAUUUUAUCUGAAGGUAGGAGACUGGUCAUUCCAUGGUAAUUGUAUCUGUAAGUAGGGAACUGGUCAUACCAUGGUCAUUUUAUCUGUAGAUAGGAGACUGGUCAUACCCUGUUUUUGUUUCCCGGUGGUAGGAGACUGGUCAUUCCAUAGUCAUUUUAUCUGGAGGUAGGAGACUGGUCAUUCCAUGGUAAUUGUAUCUGUAAGUAGAGAACUGGUAAUACCAUGGUCAUUUUUUAUGGAGAUAGAAAACUGGUCAUAACAUGCUCAGUUGUUCUGAAGGUAGGAGACUGGUCAUUUUAUAUGGAGGAAGAAGACUGGUCAUCACAACCUGAUCAUUUUAUAUUGAGGUAGGAGACAGGGAAUCCUCUGGUCAUUUUAUCUAAACAUGGGCAACCCCUUGGCCUGACAUAUCUCAUACUAAGUUUCAGUGAAAGUAUUGGGAGAGAAUGAGUUAGAAGAAGAUGGCUGGUUACUGAGUCCCCUACCCCUUUUUUAUUCUUUAAAAAAAAAAAGAAAUAUAGCAUAUCAAUAUAACAAUACCAGGUGCAAGCAUCAAUAACAUCUAAUACGGACAUAAAUGAAGAAGGCUAAACAGUCAAGAUGACAGUGACGUAUGGGAUUACACCAGUAUGUGAGAUAUCUGAUACCCAAGUAUAAACACCAGAAAUCAAAAUCUACAGCACGUUGUAUGACAUCAGUAAAUAUGACAAGGGCAAAAUAUGGGCAACUGCGUUGUUAAAUUCCAAAAACCAAUGGAACUAUUAGGGUCAUAACGUACUUAAUAUGAAAAACAUAAAAAUAGAAUUAAAGAAAGUACUAGAGGGGUAUGAAAGAAGAGGGAAGGAAGAGGGGGAAGUAGAAAGAAGAAAGGCAGAAAGGGUGGGACAAGGAGAAUGGAGCGGGUGAAGUCCAUUCUUCAGCAUGCUACCAUGAAUAUCUCAGGAGUCAUACUCCAAUCAUGUGUUCCACACCUUGUAUAAAGAGUCAGAAGUGUGAUGUAGAGUGGCUGUGAGCUUGGCCAUCUGCAUAUUUGAGCCUCCCUUAUAAGAGGGACAACUAUUUACCCAUUCGCCCAUUUAAGAGGCAUCAAUCAUUUUACAUAUAAGUAUAUAGUUUGCAGGUGGUGGUGGGGGGUUACUUGAUUUUAAUUUGGUUUUAUCUUGCUGCUCUGAAGACAGAGAACUGCCAUCGUGGGGACAAAAAUUUACUGAGCAGUAUUUUUACUGAGAAUGUGUGAAAGAUUACAGUGUGUAGCAAAAACAAAACUGUCGACUGAUGGCUCGAAACUGAUGGUUCUAAUGUCAGAAGGUUAUCUGUUCCUUCGUACAAAAUGAGCCAUUAGAGUUUUUCAAUAGACAGUAUAAGAAAGGAAUCUUCUUCAAUUCCUCAACCUUCAAUCACCAAUCACCUUAACCUACAAUUUUUGAUGAACUUGAUGUAAUAGUAAUAUUUGCAACCAUGAUGUUUCUAAACUCCAUAACCCAUGAUGGUCAGUUAGUUUUAACAUUCAUAAUCAACCUCAUGUUAGAAAAAUCCCACUCGAUGCUGGACAGCCAAAUAAAGAAAUUAGUUUUCACUUACCAAGCCUAUGAAUUGAGCUCUCCUGUUAUCUUAUUGAUUAGGCUAACAUUACCAAUAAUUUUUAUUCCAUAAUUCACAUUAUUCAUAAAAGGAAAUAAUGUUCUGCUUUAUUUUUACAGGUUCAGCACAUUUCCCAAGAUCCACCGUGCAAAUGUCCUAAUAAGUUUUGCGUAGAGCGCCUUUCCCAAGGAAGAUACAAAGUGGGAGAAAAGAUCCUCUUCAUUAGGGUGCAGUAUUAUUAAUAUUACAAUAAUUAUUAUUAUUUUGCACACUUGUGUUCUCUUGUGUAUCCUGUAUCUCAGGAGGGAUGGUGGUUUCCCUGGUUAGUGCAAUUUUAACUUGAAAAAGAUAAAGAGGGUCCAAUGGGGUUUAUUGGUAAAAUAUUACAGUGAAAUAAACUGCAAAAAUUAGGCUUAAAUCGCAAGGGUGGAAAAUCAGCAAAAUGGGUGAUUUUUCCAAAUGCACUGGUAAAAUAGGACUGUUAGAGCACAGUGAUGAGCAUUCUGAAUAAGUCAAGACUGGCACUUAUAGAUGUAUAAAAUAGACUUGUGCAUUUGGUUUCAAACUAAUUGGGAUUUGUCAGAAUUUGGACGAUCGGCAGAUCAUCCGAAACCGCAAAUUCAGAAACACAAUGUAGAUAAAUCAUGAAAAAAAUGAAAUGACAAUGGAUUUGUUUAGUGAUUUGGAGUUUUGUCCAUGAUGCAAAAAAAUUGAUGAUUUAUAGAAAAAAGAAAAUGAUUAAUGGUUAAGGGACAACCAUAAAAAAAAAUGUAUCCCUUUUUUUCCCUCUUUUGCUUACUUCUUCUCACCGUAUCUGUGAACCGAGAACCAAAUAGAGGUAAAAUGCACCAAACAGUUAUUUCAGAAAAAAUUACAUGAGAUAAUACGUCUGAACGGAAACACCACAUGGAUAAAAGCCGAUUUGCCUGCACCAAAACAAAUCUUUAGACAAAUCAAAAUAUUUCACCAUACACAAGUCUAGUAUCAAUCCACGGGAGAAGAUCUCUUCUUUGUAUUAUUCUCUUUGUGCCUAAAAGGACAAUUUACAUAUAGUGGUUAUAGUGCAAAGAGUCUGUUUGUUUUGAAGUGGUUCAACAAAAAUGGAAGUACUUCUUAUGCCUAUGGCCUCAUCUCUUUUCUGCCAUUUUUUUUAAUGUUGAAGUGAAUUUCUGUAUUAGUCUGUCCAGCAUUGGGUGGCAAUGGUUAUUGUUGGAGGUGUUUUCCUUAGGUUUAGGUAGCCAAGUGCUCUCACCUAGUGGUUAUGGUGUUUGGUAUACUUCUAUAAAAGACAGAUUUAUUCAAUCUAUCAGAAUUAUUCUAUACUGUUUACAUGGCUGUAUCUUUGUGUCUGUCAAACCAAGGAAUGUUUACAUAUUGUAUGGAGGUUCCUUGAUGGCACAGAUUUGCGUUGUCCAGAGGUUUGUAGACUACAAUCAUAAAAAGGUUAUAGCUGGCAGAGUUUAAUAAUGAAACGGUCAACAGUUUUUUUUGUUUUGUUUUUUUCCCCUUGUUAUUGGUGAAUCAUGGAAGAUACAACAUAAUUUAUCUUAUCUUUAUAGUCAACAUUUUCACCUCACAUACCUGUCUCUUGCUCUCUCUCCUAAAGGGCAGCACUCUACUCUCUUAUCCUCUGCUCUGCUUCACUCCCACCUUAUUUGAUUGCUACUUCCUGUCCUAAUGUGUUUUAUACCCAAUCUCCUAUAGACUUUAAGCUCAUCUGAGCAGGGUCCUCUUCAACCUAUCGUUCCUGUAAGUUUUCUUGUAAUUGUCCUAUUUAUAGUUAAAUCCCCCCUCUCAUAAUAUUGUAAAGCGCUACGGAAUCUGUUGGCACUAUAUAAAUGGUGAUAAUAAUAAUAAUAUUUCAUUAAUUAAACCUAUUUUCAAACACCUCAUGAACAAUUUGUAGAUUGACUGAUUAUCCGCGUAAUAAUGUCCAGUUAAUGGAAAAUCUGCAAAGGAAUUAUCCCAUUGGUCCCAUACAAUGUCUAAGCCUAAAUACGUUUUGACCAAUUGUACUUAUUGACAAAUUGAAUGAACACUUAUCCUCUGACCUAUAACUUAAAGGACCACUAUAGUGCCAGGAAAACAUACUUGUUUUUCUGGCACUAUAGUGCCCUGAGGGUGCCCCCACCCUCAGGGUCCCCCUCCCGCCGGGCUGGAUGGAGAGGAAAGGAUUAAAACUUACAUUUUUUUCAGCACCAGGGCGGGAAGCUCUCCUCCUCCUCCUCUCCUCCUCCUCUCCUCCUCCUCUCCGCCUCCUCUUCGGCUGAAUGCGCACGCGUGGCAGGAGCUGCGCGCGCAUUCAGCCAGUCUCAUAGGAAAGCAUUCCUAAUGCUUUCCUAUGGGCGCUGGCGUCUUCUCACUGUGAUUUUCACAGUGAGAAGCACGCAAACACCUCUAGCGGCUGUCAAUGAGACAGCCACUAGAGGCUUUAGAGGUUGGAUUAACCCAUUUAUAAACAUAGCAGUUUCUCUGAAACUGCUUUGUUUAUAGAGGAAAGGGUUAACCCUAGAGGGACCUGGCACCCAGACCACUUCAUUAAGCUGAAGUGGUCUGGGUGCCUAGAGUGGUCCUUUAAUCACUAUAUCACAUUUCCUAUCUACAGUAACAAAUUAGACCCUCUAUUACUAUGUUAUUAAAAAAAAUGUAAAAGAUAUAUUUAAAACUUGGGGUUAAUAUGCAAAAAUGUAUUUAGGACAAAACAAUAAUUUUGUGUAUAGAUUGUUGUUUGUGGCUAUUAGAAACAAAUGAAUGAUGCAAAUUGCCACUGGUUUAAUUGUUCACUCUUGUUCUCUUCCUUUAAAGAAAUAUUGGGGAUAUAAAUGUUUUUACAGAUUAUAUGGAAUCCUAUCUUUAUCUAAAAAAUGUCGUCAUCUAUGUACAUAUUACGAAAAUAAUACAUUUGGUCAAAUCAUUUUCUUCUGGGUAUUUUUUUUUUAAAGACAUUUACUGGCAAUUUUUAGGAGUGGAGUUGAACAAAAAAAGAUGUUAAAAUAAUGUUUGUGUAAGUACAGUUAACUGGCCGAAUGUUUCUGUUUAAUACACAGCACUGCUUUUUCCACACUGCCGAACUCAUGUCUGCAAUAAUACAGUCAAUGAUUUUGAGUAAUAGAUAUUCUUGUAAAUGUAAUUUAUGGAGGUGGGUAACAAUUGGAGUGCAUAAAACUGGUGCCUUUCAUUAAACUAAAGAAGAAUUAUUUUUUUUUACUUUUGAAAUUUUUUAUUGAUUUCUCAGUAACAAUAUUUUCCUGUAAAAUUGGCUAAAAUUUCAUGUAAACCAAAUUUAUUGGCCUUCUAUUGCAGUCCAGUUGCAGGUAUUGAGUAAAAUGGAUUAAAGGGAUACUAUAGCCACCAAAACAACUUUAGUAUAAUGAAACAGGUUUGGUGUAUAGAUAAUGCCCCUGCAGUGUCACUGCUUAAUUCUCUGCCAUUUAGGAGUUAAAUCACUUUGUUUGUGCAGCCCCAGCCACACCUCUCUGCAUGUGACUUUUAGAGCCUUCCUAAACACUUCCUUCAAUGUUUACACUUCAUUCAAUUUAAUUUUGAAUAUUUUAUCUCCUGCUCUGUUAAUAGCCUACUAGACCUGACAGGAGUCUCCUGUGUGUGAUUACAGUUCAAUUUACGGAGCAGGAGAUAAAAAAAAAUGUUAAAGUAAGUUACAUCUGAUUGAAAAUUAAACCAUUUGGUUUUCAAGCAGUCUGUGUUAGUCAGAGUCAGGGGAGGUGUGGCUAGGGCUCCGUAAACAGAAACAAAACUGAUUUAACUCCUAAAUGGCAGAGAAUUUAGCGUGAGACAUGAUCUCUAUACCAAAACUGCUGGAUUUUGAAGAAAGAGUACCAUUAGGAAGUAAUGACAUGCAUCGUAGAGUGACUGCAGAUUUUUGAAAAGAUGAUAAGGCAAUGCAUUUCUACCCAAUUUGUGAAUUUCAUGUGAAUCAGCUGAAUUGGAAGAAAAAAUAUAAUUCAUGAAUUUACUAAAGGUAGUUUGUGGGCAGUAAAGACCAAUGUGCUUUGUAACAGUCUGAUAAAUUGCCGUGUACGCUGUAACACUAUAGAAAGUGGCAACUCGACAAUCUUACAAUGAUUUGAAAGCCCCUGUGAGUUCAUGUUAAGCAGAAUUUGCAUUGUCAUAUUUGCACCCCUGUCUAAGCUCAAAGUGAUCUUCUACGUUUUUGAACAUGGAGAAAAAAAAAAUCCUGAAGUCUAAUUUUGCUACUCAAAUAACAUGUCUAAUUAAUAUGGAUACUUUGCAUUUGACCAAACACUGAGUCAAAUAAAACACAAAUCAUAGUGAUUAUUAUAUUGGUGAAUAUUACAGUGCUAGUGAUUGGAUUGUUAUGGUCCUAAUUAGGAUAAUUUUGGGUAAAGAUAGGUGGUAUACUGCUAUAGACUAUAACUCUCAUUACUCUAAGUUACAGACCACAGACUCCUGGGUGAAGGUACCCACCUAGUAAGUGCUUGGCUCACAAACUCUAACCCUAAAUAACUUUAUCUUUAAAUAGCCCAACUGCAAAAUUAAAUCAUGUGGCUGGAAAUUUAGAAGUAACACAAACAUUUUGGGGGGUUAAUUUUUUGGGUUGAUAAAAGAGUUAACAGAUGUCUAGUAAAAUCAUGUGGUUAGUGCAAGGCAUGAAACAAUAAACAUAAUACAUAUCAGUUCAAAUCUUAAAGUAACUGGCUUGUUGAAAGCCUUUCAAUGUCACAUGUAUGAACAGUACUUAGUACUGAAAAGUAAUUCUCUUUGAAUCUUGUGAAAAUAUCCUUAAGGGCUCCAUGUGAGCACAUUUUCUCAGCCAACAAUAAAAUCAAUAUGGCAAAGACUAAGAUGAAUGUUAGGUGCUUCUAGCUCCCCUCACAUCCCUCCUCCCCCCCCCAAAAAAAAAAAAUUGCAAAAAAAAGUGAUGAAGAAUUUAAUUUCCUUUUUUUUUCAAUUCACAGGUUUUUGUUUUGUUAAUAGAGAGUUUGCAGUUAAAGUGUGUAACAAAAAGUUGUUAUUCUGUCAAAAGUCUAAUCUAAUAGAAAGAAGAUAAGAAAUAUGGAAAAAUCACGAGGGCGUUUUAUUGAUGACAUUUUGCAAGAUUGUAACCAAAAUGACUAAUGGGAAGAGAACGAUUAUUAUUUUACUGAGCAACAUAUUGCUGACACAAUUUGCUAAUUUCGAUGAUGCACAUGUCAAGACGCAGUUUGUUCCAUAUAUAGAGCCUUUAUAACUAGUACUGUAUCGCCUGUAGGAAUAGCUAGGCUGUAAGAAGUUAUUUCCCAGUGGGUUUCUGUAUUAAACUAUUGAUUAGAGAUGUACUGAAACCUGAGCGCACUUUAAAAAAGAAAUCCAUAUAUGCUUUAAUCUCAUCGGCCUAGCUAGAACAAAGCAGGCAUCAUAUUUGCAAAUAUGAUGCGGUAAAUGAAAGGACCUUUUUUUCCACUGGAAUAUCUAGACAGGCAAUCGAGAUCAGUGAGAUAUUAACCCAUUUACUACCAUUUUCUAAAAAAUAAAAAGAAGAACAUUUAUUUGAGAUGUGAGAUGCAGAUCUAACACAUUAUUGUGGGAUAAGACAGCCGCUUUGUACAUAGAUUGCUGUCUAAGUAUACAUGAUAAUUUCAAAAAAUAUAAAGUUACACAAUUUAGUUAUUUUUUGUUUUAUUAAUUUACCCUUGAAGAAAACACUGGAAUAGAUCAUUAAUUUCAAGGAUUAUAUGGUAAUCUUGUUUUUUUUUAAUGCUUUAUUUUUGUUGUGCAAAGGUUUGCCAUACAAGCUUGUUAUGCCACGACAGCAAAUACAGGUAUUGCAAGGGGUAUAAAACUGUGGUAUGCGAUAGGACUGCACAUUUUUUGUAACUCUUGUGUUUUAACAUUUUAGAUAUGGCCUCAAACAUGAGUAAAGAAACAGAAGUAUCAUUGUGGUGUGACAAAAAUAGAUAUAUAAAAUUGGCCAAAUAAUCUGUUUAUGGCUAUAAGUAAGAAACAGUGGACAUUUCUAGGAAAGCUUUCUAAAAAUAUCCCCACAAUUUAACAUAAAUGUCUCCAGGCAUCAAAACAACUAUAGCUUAAUGAAGCAGUUUUGGUAUAAAGAUCAUGCCUCUACAGUCUCACUGCUCAAUUCUCUGCCAUUGGGGCGUUAAAUCACUUUUGUUUCUAUUUAUGCAGCCAUAGUCAUGCCUCCCCUUCUAUGACUCACACUGCCUACAUGAAAAAAAACAAACAUUUUCAAUAAGAUGUUAACUUGCUUUAGAAAUGUUUAUCUCAUGUUCUGUAAAUAUAACUUUUUUUUUUAGUGUUUAGAAAGGCUGUGUAAGUCACAUGUAGGGAGGUGUGACUAGGACUGCAUAAACAAUGUGAUUUAACUUCUGAAUGACAGAGAAUUAAGCAAAGCUACUACAGGAACGCUAUGUAUACACCAAGACUGCUUCAGUAAGUUGUUUUGGUGCCCAUAGAGUCCCUUUAAGUACACGUACACCAAGCAUCUGUACUAUCAUGAUAUACUCUGCAUACAAUCUCUGUACUGUACUCAGUGUACUCAGAGCCCUCCUUAAUUUCCUUAACUUAAUUGCUAGAAUUCAACCAUAAUGUUUGAACGACAAAGGUGGCUAUUUUGUGGGUAAUGAAAUGUUGGAAGAUGGUCUAAAUUAACACAUUACAGGACUUCAUUGCAGCCAGCAUUUUAGCCUAAAAUCUGUAUUUCUUGCAUGCGGGCAUUAUGAUAACAGGCAAACAUUAUUUUAACAUGCUCAUGGCGUCUUUAAGACUGCCUUGCCCCCAAAAUAAUGACAACAUGUUACAAUUACUCGCAUUCAGGGUUUUAAAGUAUUAUGUAUAUAUAUACACAUAUACUUUUGUUGUUACCAAUUUUGGUGACAAAUAUUGUAUUUCCCACCAGAGUUGGUCCACAAGAUAUUCCCAAAUGCCUCAUCUGUGUGCUGGAGCUGUAUAAGAGGAGAGGGAACAGUGAUACACAUCUGGUGGGAAUGUCCACAAAUUAUUCCCUUCUAACCCAUGGUAAAAGGAGUCUUGAGUGAGGGCAUUAAGAAGGGCAUUAACUGUUAUAUAUUUCAGGGGGAAAAAGGAAAGGUGCAAUUACUGGAUUAAAAUAUUUAUUCUGGGGGGCGUGUCCAACUUCCGGCAAGAUCGGUCGCAUGGAGUAGGAGCUCCGCACCACCCGGACCAGCUUAAAUACUAUUAAAGAGGAAAUUUCGCUGGAUUACCUUGACCAAGCGGGGGGCAAAGGCUACACGGCUUCUAAUGUCUCCCUCGAAGCAGACAAAACUUACGGACGCGGUCCGCCACCAUAAGAGAGAAAGGCUGAAACAGGCCCAAGAUGGCGCCGCCAGCAGAGCUCAGUCUCCGGACCCUGACCCCUGCACCGAGUCGCCCACGCACUCACUAUCAGACGACUCACAAUUCUCAAAAGAAUAUCUGAGACAAGUGCUCGCGGACCUCAGGUCCACUAUUAAAGAGGACUUCACCACCUCCUUGGCGGGCAUCCAUCAAGAGCUAGAGGAGCUGGGUGACCGGACCGAUCAGGUCGAACGUAAAACUGAUGAUCUCUCCUCUGCCCACAAUCUGAUGGCGGACAGACUACAGAAACUAGAGGAAGAUAAUACCAAAUUAUGGCACAAAAUGGCGGACAUGGAGGACCGCUCCCGCAGGAACAACGUGCGGUUCCGGGGAGUAGCAGAGUCCAUCACAACAGAACAGAUCUCGGCCUACAUUAACUCAUUAAGUACCACGCUGGUCCCUGACCUCUCCGGUGUUACAUGGGAACUGGAUAGAGCCCACCGGGUUCCAAAACCGCCCAGAUUUGGCGCGGACGUCCCGCGUGACAUUAUCGUGCGCUACCAUCACUUUAAAGCCAAGGAGGCUCUUCUCAAGGCCGCUAGAGCCCAAUCCCCAUUGCCCGACCCAUAUAAUGCUGUCUCUAUCUUUGCGGACCUAUCGGCCCUCACUAUGGCAAGACGCAGAGAAUUCUCCUCCAUUACAAAAACCCUACGCAACCACAACCAGGCUUAUCGCUGGGGAUUUCCUACGAGACUGCUGGUCUGGCGGCAGAAUAAGCUCCACAUUAUAGAUGACCCCUCGAAAGGGCUAACCACGCUGAAACACUGGGGACUUUGGGGCCAGCAAGAAACCACCCACCUACAACCAGCCGCCUCGACCACCCCGAAGAGGUCCCAGCCAGACUGGCAGAUGGUUGGCGCUCGACGCUAACGGCCACCCCAUCUAGGACAGCAUCUCCCUGCCUCUACUCUUUGAUGUAUACUACAGCCGCGCAAGAAGACACCAUGCUGCUUGUUGAUGCCCUCGCCCGACACGGACGUUAACCACCUACCCCUGAACUGUCUCCAGCUGGCUUAUGCCAUACGCAUGGACUCUGCGACAAUACACCUAUAAGGGCCAUAGACCCCAGUUGCUACGAGUGGUAUCGUAUGAUUAUACACGGUGGCAAAAUGUUUAAUGAGGGUGUAGGGUGGGAGGGCAUGAAUAGUUCACAAGUUGAAGGGAUUUAAAAAAAAAAAAAAUGUUUAUAGUGUCCACUAAGUACUGCUUAUAUUCAGGAGGGGAGGUCAUGCUUGUUUCACUGCUUCAUCUGAGAAAUGUUUAGCAAGGGAAUAACCCCCCCCUGGUAAAUUGCUCUGUUACAAUGUUCGUUCUUCCCUACGGAUGAGUUUAGGCUACCAUGUGUAUCGCUUCAUCCCUCCUGUACUCUAGCUGGCCCCAAGGCUAGGUCUCCCAAGGCCCCCCCCUCCCCUCGGAGCGCUAAGCACACACAUGGUUAAAUGGUCGCAUCCUGAGUUUUAUGAUUACGACCUUAGAUACACUUUCGACCAUGCUCAGUUUAACGGAGGGAAAUAUAUUAAAAAAAAAAAAAAAAAACCCAUCCACCAGUUAGCCACAAUACUCCCGGUUAAGCUACCAUAAAUCCGUUGCCCUUCUCCCCUAUACUGCCUCAGAGAUUUAGAGAGAGCACAGGUGAGAAUGCUGUCCAGAUUUCAGCCCCUCUCACGCAUGUUCUCCUCUCCAUUCCUGCCUACUUUGAGAAUCUGGUCCGGGUGCGGUCCUGUUCCGCACGACCCCCCAAGGGUAUCCGAGGUGCUUGGAGCUUUAGGCUCCCCUCUGGAUCCCAGUAUUUUCUCUCAUCUCAGAGAGAUAUUGUAUAUACCUUUGUUUGUUGAUUUUAUCUUUCCUGUUAUUUCCCUUCCCAUCCCCUUGGCAGCUACGUUGACCCAUACCUGUGCAGGACGUAAUCAGUCAUCUGAUCUUCCCCUACUCUACACUACCACAAGCCCCAUGUGUGUCGCUGGCAGACAAUAUGCUGUGACUAACAAGCUCUAUUAUAUAUCCCUUUAAGAUGAUGUACCAAUUUAAAUGUCUCUCUAUGAAUGUUAACGGCCUAAAUAGCCCAUUUAAAAGGAGCUCUGUGAUUAAGACCAUUCAUACUUCCCAGGCCGCCAUAGUUUAACUCCAGGAAACGCACAUGUGCAAAAGAAACCCCCCCAAGUUGAGCUCAUCCAGGUAUCAGCAGGUAUUUCAUGCCCUUGCCCCAAACAAAACGAGAGGAGUGGCAAUUCUGUUCCAUAUUGACUGGGUCUUCCAUCUUGAUAACACCUAUGUAGACGAGCUGGGCAGGCUCCUUAUAGUGGUAGGCUCUUUGAAUGGAAUGCAACUUACGAUCGCUUCCAUAUAUGCACCCAACAACUCCCAAAUUUCCUUCAUUAGAAGAGCAUUAAAUAAAAUCUCUACUAUCCGUGUGGGGCAUACUAUUAUCUGUGGCGAUCUCAAUUGCACGCUAGACCCCGACUUAGACAUUAAGCGAAUAGCAAACAAACAACCUCUCCAACUUGCUAACACAAUGAGUGCAACCCUUAGCACGCUGCUCCACAGGCACGACCUUUACGAUUCGUGGCGUACCCUUUAUCCGAAAGAACGAAACUACACAUAUUUCUCACGAGUCCAUCACACAUACUCUCGUAUAGAUAUGUGCUGGGUAGAUAAAAAUACGGUACCCAAUAUAAUAGAAGUGCAAAUAGGUGACCGGACAUGGUCCGACCACGCGCCGGUAACCACUACUUUUAGGGCCUUGUUCCCGUCACGGGGGCGCAGUGCCUGGCGCUUAAACGAAUCCCUCCUAGACAACGAGACUACGGCUGCAAAAAUUCGGGAUAACAUAUUAUCUUUUUUGGAGACUCACCUUGCCGACAACACUCGCAUAGACACUAAAUGGCUGGCCCUAAAAGCCGUGAUAAGAGGCCUAUUGAUUCAGGCAGGCGCAAUAAACAAAAAGAAAACCCACACUGAGUCAGAUAACCUACUUUCUCAACUUAAAUCCUUAGAACAAAUUAACAAACUCAAACCAACUAAAAAUCUAUCCCGCACUAUCGAAAAAUUAAGGGACAAAAUACUUGAUCUAUCCCUGAUAAGUGUGGAACGACAGCUCCGCAAAUUAAAGCUCACCUAUUACAUGCAAGGGAACAAGGCAGGCAAACUACUCGCAAAACGACUAAAAUCCCGAUACAUACAAUCUAAACUCCCAUAUAUGACCUCGUCCACUGGGUCAAAGCUAUUCAACCCACAAGAUAUAGUAGACGAACUAGCUAACUUCUACAAGGGACUAUAUAACCUCGCACAGGAUAGUACUUUACACCAGCCAUUAGACCCAGAAAUAGCCACCUUUUUGACAGGAGCAGAGCUGCCGCACCUAUCGGCACAGCAACGCGCAACCCUGUCAGCCAAAUUCACAGAGGAAGAAAUACGAAAUGCAAUUCGCAAAUUACCCAAACAUAAAGCACCGGGCCCAGACGGGUUCUCCAACCACUUUUACUCCACAUUUGAGCCACAGCUCACUCCAUACCUCACAAUCCUCUUCAACUCCUUCAGGGACUCAGGGACAAUACCGAAGGAAAUGUUGCUAGCCCAUAUCGUUACACUUCCUAAGCCCGGCAAACCGCCCACAGAAUGCGCCAACCUGAGACCAAUCUCCUUGUUGAACGCAGACAUUAAACUUUUUGCCAAAUUACUAGCCAAUCGCCUCCAACCCCUCCUGAGGGACCUGGUCUCCCCAGAACAGGCAGGAUUUGUUCCGCAUAGACAACCGGGGGAUAACACCCGACACUUUCUGAACCUCAUCUCAUGGGCCCAAAAAACCAACCAAAGCGGCAUUUUACUAGCUCUAGAUGCGGAAAAAGCAUUCGACCGCCUUAAUUGGUCUUACAUGAGGGCUGUCCUAACUGCAGUGGGCAUACCACAAGACUUCCUGAAAGGUAUUAUGGCCCUAUACUCCAAUCCAGCAGCCAAAGUAUUCAAUUCAGGGUUCCUAUCUCAACCUUUCCAAAUAACGAAUGGCUCCAGACAGGGUUGUCCCCUCUCCCCGUUAAUCUUUAUAAUAUGCAUGGAACCACUGGUUAGACAUAUCAAGAGUGACAACUCGAUCGAAGGCCUAUCUACCCCCAUUGGGACUCAAAAAAUAGCCCUAUUCGCUGAUGAUGUCCUUCUUUUCCUAUCACGCCCAGUAAAAUCCUUACCAAAUUUACUAACUUUGCUGGAAAAUUACGGUAAGGUCUCGUUCUAUAAAAACAACGCCAAAAAAACACAAGCGAUGGCACUGGGACUGCCACAUACCUCUCUAAACCCUCUAAAAACACUAUACCCGUUUGAGUGGCGGAACUCCUCCAUCUCAUAUUUGGGUAUCAAAUUGCCAACGAGGCUCUCAGCAAUAACACAUGAAAACCACCUGCCACUCAUUCACAAAUUAGAGCAACUCCUUAAGUCCUGGGAGGAGAAGGAGAUCUCCUGGUUAGGACGUAUCCACACUGUAAAAAUGAUGAUCCUCCCACACAUUUUAUACCUAUUCCGCACUCUUCCCAUUACAAUCCCUAACUCGCUCCUACAGAAAUUUCAGGCCAUGAUCAAUGCUCACAUAUGGAAGAGAAAACCCCCCAGGAUAGCGCAAAACUCACUAUGGCGCCCAUUCACAAAAGGAGGACUGGGUGUUCCCAAUGUAUCCCUUUACUAUAAGGCGUCCCUGUUGGCCCAGGGCCUUGCGAUCCUUGAGCGUCCCUCUCCCCCAAUAUGGCUGGCAUUGGAGAACGCCUGCACACCUAAUGGCUCAAUCCCACUAUCCCUGUGGGCAGGGUCAAAACUUCCCAAAGCCACAUCCUUGUUGCCCACCACAGUCGCGCUCUUUCAUAACUGGAAGCAAACUACACCGCUCUUCUUACGAAAUAAUGACCUACUCCUAGCUGCCCCACUCCAAGCCCUGACUACAAAAACCUCAAACAUACACCUAGACAACUGGCUUAAGCAGGGGAUCACCCAAGUUCGUUCCCUACUGUCCGCUGAAGGCAUCAAGCCCUUCCCAGACCUGAUCAGGGAAUUCCAUAUCCCUUCACGGGAAUUAUUCUCCUAUCUCAGAUUAAAAAAUAUAAUUCAGGAAAGCGGGAUUAGCCUGAGGGAACCCGACCCUACACCGCCCUUCAUCCACAAAUGCAUGGGCAAGCUUCCAAAAACUAAGGCACUAUCUCUAUGUUACAACACUCUAUUGCUACACGACAAACUGUCCAAACCAUCGUAUAUGUCUAAAUGGGAAUCGGACCUAGGAAAGCUUUUUUCUAAUGAAUUAUGGCAUCGCGCCCAAAGAUUAACCAAACAGGCGUCCCAUAGCCUUAAUCAAUGGGAAACAUACUGUAAAUUAACAAUGCGUUGGUAUCUAGUCCCCACCAAAUUGGCCCGUAUCUACCCGGGCUCUGACGCAAGUUGUUGGAGAUGCCACAAUAGCGAAGGGUCCCUCUUACAUAUAUUUUGGACAUGUACGUCUAUUACCACAUUAUGGCGGGACAUACACGCUCUUCUAUACAAAAUUCUGGGCGUGCGAAUUCCCCAAUCCCCAGAGUGCUUUUUACUACAUAUUUUUCCAAAUACCCUACCUACGGAAGCAAUCCCUUUCACGAUCCAUUGUCUCAUGGCUACCAAAACUGCCAUCGCACAUAGAUGGAAAUCACCACUGACACCAACAAUGUCAGAAAUCCUCAGCAGGCUGGACUCAUUCCAUGCUUAUGAACGUAUGGCUAGCCGGCUGACAAAUAGCCAAAGUAGGUAUAAAUCAAGAUGGCAGAAUUGGGUGCUCUAUAGAGAGGGAGAGACGCACCGGGGGCCGUGGUCCGGCCACUAACCCCAGCCGGAUUUCCCCUCCUCCUACUCCAUGGGCUCAGAUAGUUGCCUCCCUACAACUAAGCCAGAAUGCUUUAAUGUAUGUUCACCUUUAAAAAAAAAAAAAACAUGUUCACCAUUAAAAUGUUUGUUCACUUUUGAUAUGCAAUUUGAGGAUCACAUGUUAACUGUAUUGCCAAAUGUCCUCUUACCACGAAUUAUUAGACAUUCGCAAUUGUUAAUUGUACCACAUUGUAUUACAUUGUAAUGUACUGAAUGAUAUGCGGAAACCUAUACAAGCUGCUUUUCCCCCCCCCCUCUUCCCCUUUUCUCUUCUGUACCCCUUGAUAUACCUCGUAUUCUGUUUUAUACGAUGAUGAAAAAUAUGCUCAAAAUAAAACACAUUGAAAAAAAAAAAAAUAUUUAUUCUAAUAUUUUAGACCCUUCUGAAAGAUUAAAAAUAAGAAACUAUAAUUUAAAUUUUUUAUCUUCCAUAUACUUAUCUAAAGAACAAACUUAUAAAUGAAAAAUAAAAUGGUGUAAAUAUAUAUAAUUUGCAUUUUUGGUAUCCACGAACAGCAAUUUAUAUACUAAAUUAACCUGCAGCAACCAAUAUAUUUGAUCAAAUAAAGAAAUUGUUUCUCCAGUGUCAAUGAAGAAAUUAACAACUAAGUAAUGAACAUAGUUUCCAGAAGCCGAAACUGAUGUUUUUUUUUUCUUCUCAAUUUUAAAAAGUGAUCUAAAAAUAUCUCAAAUUGAAUCCUGAUGUUCCUGCAAAUAUUUGUGAAUCUAAUUAAAAUUCACAGUUUUUUUGCUGGGGAUACUGUCUUAUGGCAAAUGAGGGUAACAGAAAGCACUAAAUCUAAUUAGGAAAAAGGAUAUUCUAGGCUUGCUCAUAAUGGCAGGUGUUGAUUUGUAAGGAAAUUGAUAAAUGGUCUUGUCUGUCCUUUUAUCUUCAAGUGUUACUUGAUAAACAAGGACUUAAAAAGAAUCUCCUUUAAGCUGAGUCCUGGUAAAUCUAAUUAUUGUGCUGUACAAUAAUAAAUGAUAUAUGUUCUUGCUUGCUGUUAUUUCCGCAGGUCAGAGCAAGGAUCCAUAUGUGGCUCAAAAUAUAGACAUUUAAUUAAAAUAUUUUAUCAUAUUAUCAUAAGAAUUGUGUUUUGAAGGAUUGUUGCUGUAUUGGUGGAGAAUAGGUCAACUGGUUAGGGUAUAUAGUAACAAUAUUGAUUAAAAUAACUGUAUACUGGAUCUUAUAUAUUAGUAAACUCUGAUGGAUAAAUAUAAUUGCAGAAGGGACUUAGCAAUAUGUUUAUGCAUUCUGUUAUAAUAUCUAGGGGUGUGAUUGCGGUGGUGCAACUCCUGUUUAAACCUGCAUUUUUAAAGAUUAUGUGUCUUGGUCAGCUUAUAUUAACGGGAAGGUUUGCAAAGGCAGCAGACAGGAGAUCUGCAGGUUUUCCAGCUGUAUUUAAAUGUACCCCCAAUUAAAAAAUGAAUAAUUAAUGCAUGGAAGUUUUCAUUUGGGACAUAUUUACUAAACAGUGAUUUGUAUUCAUUUUGUAUUUAGGCAGUAGAGUGUCCCUGUUACUGUGACUUCUCAAUGAAGUGGUUUGGGUGCACUGCCCCUGCUGUUUUGCCCAAUGUAAAAAUAGGCCAUUUCGGAGAUACAGCAAUAUUUAAAUUGGGAGCCCUCUGGUGGUUGUUACAUUGUCAGCAUCUAGAUCACGGAUAGGCAACCUUCGACACUCCAGAUGUUUUGGACUACAUCUCCCACAAUGCUUUUACACCCAUAAUGCUGGCAAAGCAUCAUGGGAGGUGUAGUCCAAAACAUCUGGAGUGCCGAAGGUCGCCUACGCCUGAUCUAGAUGGUGCUUUCACAUACAGGACCAAGUCAAACUAAGUCUUUGACAUUCAAUGUUCUCACAUAUUGCAUGAGAACGUUGUACCUUCAGUCAAGCAUUCUAUUCAAUGCUUCUCUACGAUAAGCAUUUGCGUGGCCCAUUGCGGCGAAUGCUGUGUAUGCACAUUAAGGUCACAAUGCUUCUCUAUGAGAAGCAUUUGAUUGGACAAAAUUAAGCCUGAUGACAUCAGUGGAGGUGGAUCGGGAUGCAGAAAUGAGGCUGUAUCAACGCUGUAUUAAAGGUUCAAUGAAAAAAUGCAUAAUUAAAUGCAUGCAUGUUUACAUUGGGGUAUAUCUACUAAGUAGUGAUUUUUAACUUUUAUUUGGAACAUCAGUAACAUUGCCGCUGUGGGUCCAGUGGCUGGAGGGGCAGGGAAAGGUGAGUUCUAAUGAUCUGAACCUGUCCCUGGCUGGCGUUGUCCUCUUUAGCAUCAGGAGCCAAUAUCACUGCUGUAGAAUUGAGGUCCAUUGGGGGUCCCGUGGCAUCCUUUAUUGAUAAAGCCAAUUCCCUGCAGGACUGACACUUUUAGACUGCGGUAGCUCUGCCCAGUGUCUAGGAGUGUCAGGCAUAGCAAAAAUACUGAGUAUGUGGCCUCUAUUUCAGUGAAAUUCCAACACAGCCAGCAUGAGGAUUUCAUACCUUUUCUAUAUUUAUGAAUGACUACCUUUUCGGCAUGGGGGAGGGGGGGAGGUGGGAAUUAACAGUGCUGUAAGAGAAAACCACAACACUGCAUUAACCAUUAAAAAUAAAAGUAUCGCAUGAAAUAAUUUUAACAUUAGUUAUAGGGGAUUUUCAAUGUUUUAUCAAGUGGUGUAAUUUUAGUUAACAUUUUCGAUAUAACAAUAUAAUAACAAUACUAUAGGAUACUGUAGCUUACAUUUUUAUAAUAACUAUGUGUUAGAGGUCUUUGACUAUUCAAUUGUGUAAGUGACCUACUAAAAUCAAUAUUAUUUAAGUUGUCAUAUUAUGAGAAGUAGGAUAUGCUCAAUUAAUCUGGUGAUUGCGAUAUGCCUGCAAGAUCCCAUGAUGACCUGCUAAUGAGAAAUAUUCUGUUAGAUGUGGUUUAUUUUGUCAAGAUUCUCGAGAGCAAUUUCUUUUUUUCCCCAUAAAAUAUAUGGUUCUUGUUUAUGAAGAUCCUCCUAAUAUUUCCUAACUGAACCGGAUCUGGACGGAGUCACCCUUGGAAUCAAAAGCCCACGCAGUGAUACGGUUCUCCCAUCACGUGUGAUUUUUGUGUUUAUUAUAUUUUUUUUCUAUGAAGGUGAUUUAAUCGAGAAAAUCUCAGUAUAUUCUUUCGUGGUAUAAUAAAUCAUUUUGUAUCCUAAGAGCUGCCGAAGCGGUUGUUUGUUUGGGAUUUGCAUAAUGAGUUCUGCUUUAUCAUGCAUCACUUGUUUUCUUUAGAAAGUCUGACAAGCAAGGUGUAUCACUGAUAUGGGUGUUGCAUCAAUACCCAUAUUACAUAUUUUAUUUACUAAAUGUAAAACUGCUUAUGGGGGGAAUAUUAAAGUCCAAAGUUAGUUCUGACUUUUAAAGAAGAACUACUCUCAUUGGGUCAGUGACAGUUCCAUAUUCAGUAAUCCGCUUUCACUGGAAUAAGGAGGGUUGAGAAAUUGGCACCAUAGCCACUACAUCACAGUUUACAAGUCCUGGUGUUAUAAGUAUUUAUUUGCUGUCCUCCAGUUUUCUGAUUGAUUGAAGUGAUUUGAGUUUAAUAAAAAGUAAAAAAAAAAAAAAACAGCAACAAAAAAACAGGACUGUCCCUGGCUCCCAUUGAAUUCAUCUUCAGUCACACUGAUAUAGAAGAUAUUACAGUCCCCGUUAUCAAGUGCAAAUACAUGAAAUCUGUAUAGUAAUAAUUGGUUGAGAGCAUUGGGCUAAUACUCUUUCACCAUAACUACUACAACUUAUUAUACAUUUUAUAGUAGUUGCUAUGAUGCAAGGACCUUCUUAUUCAUAUUGUUAAUCUUGUGUACAGUUACUCCACCCCCAGUUUUUUGGAUCAUUUAAGGAAGCAUUCCUUUCUCUUUUGACAGUACAAACAUUUGUACAGUCUAUGCACAUUUUUUGAUCUGCAUAUGCUUUGGGCAACUAGCUGUGACAUAAGCUAGCUACUAGAGUGCGCGCAUGAGCAGCACUCUGAGCUGGGCAGGAAAUAUCAAAAUAGUUAGUGUGCAUGGACUAUCACAUUUUGUACUAGUGUAGAUAUUGAUUUGCUUGGGGAAAUGAUGUCAGAAGUCAGGAAGGUGGAGCUACAGUGCAGGACAUUUUAGAAUCCACGUAGAGAACUUAAUAGUUUUAUAUAUUUUUGUUUUGUAGGGUGUAAGGACAGGUUUCUCAAAGCUGUAGUGGUAAUGGUGAUUAUAAUUAUUCUGCGCUGACACUUUGAUGUAUUUUCUUUGUAGAUGCUGCACAAUAAACAUGUAAUGGUCCGAGUCGGAGGUGGAUGGGAAACGUUUGCUGGCUAUUUACUAAAGCAUGACCCAUGCAGGAUGCUGCAGAUUUCCCGCCUGGAUGGUAAAACCUCUCCGAUUUCAAACAAAUCACCCAACAUCAAAGACCUGAGCCCCGACACCUACCUGGUGGUAUCGGCAAACUACAAAUCCAAAAAGGAGAUAAAGUGAAUAUUAACGAGAAAGGCAGACACCAGAAAACUUGGGGGCCAAGGACCAGCUCCAGUGUAGGUAUCAGGACCGCCAAAGCCCACCUAUCUUUCAUUGUUAAAUAGAUUUUGUAUUAAUGGUUGAUUGAUACAUUUCAUUUGCUGUUUUUCGCUUGGUGUUUGCCGUUUCUGUACAAACUAGGUGAUUUUAGUACAGUCAUCUCUGUAAAUCAAAAAUCAAGAACACUGUGUAGUGACUUGUUGAUUCAUUCUUUUUUUUUUUUUUUUUUUUUAAAUAAAUACAUACUCUUAAAUAUGUUUUGAUUAUUUUGAAACAGUUUGAAACUGUAAAGAUCUGACUUAUGUAGAUUGUUUUAUUACUUAGUAUCCCUCUCCUUCCAUAUUUCUGAUUGCUAUCAAGAAGUAAGACGUGGAUUGAUUUAUAUCAAUAAUUUGCUUCACCUCUCUGCUCGAGAUAUUUUCGUUCCCUUUUUUAUGAUGAUUAUAAGAAAUUGCAAAAGAAUAAAACAUGUUUCUCAUUAAGUGUAUUAUUGUGGUAUUUACUAGAGUGGAGGGGAAAAAGGCACAAAAUAUACUUUUUACAAUGAAUGUGAAUGUACCGUAUAUACUCGAGUAUAAGUCGAACCGAAUAUAAGUCGAGACUCCUAAUUUUACCCCCCAAAAAAACUUAUUGACUCGAGUAUAAGAGUAGGGUGGGAAAUGCAGCAGCUACUGGUAAAUUUUUAAAUAAAAUUAGAUCCCCC